AAUAAUAAAGCAAAUAAAUACGAAAUGCCCCCCGUACCCAAUUAACGCACGGCUACGACAACGAUCGUGUCCGUGCGUCCCGUACAUAAUCACCGACGAUCACAAUAUUCAUAAUUAUUAUUGUAAAUUGAUCAGCGACGGCAGAUUACAGAUAAUUGUGCAACCGUCGGGCUGUGCGAAAACUACAACAGUUGUGCACAAGUACAACAGCAACGCCCGAGAUCAAGGAGACGACAACGACGAUCAAGGCGGCAGCGUUGUCUUUUACGACCGGUUUAUCGCUUUAUAACGGUAAACACGAGCGGAUGGUAUUUCUACUUUUUUUUUCGUUCGUAUGUUUUUUUAUGCUUUUUAUUAUCGUCGCGAAUGUGUAUGUGUGUGUUUGUAUAUGUGUGUGUAUGUGUUUGGUUUGGUUGAACUUGACAACAGAUUAACGAUAGUCGGUCGAGUGCUUUCGUGUAAACAUCGGUAAAAUAUAUAUACAGAUAAAAAUAACUAUUACUUAAAGACUGUUCGAAAAUCGAUUAAUAUUGAUAUCAGUGUAUCAUUCGCUAUUACUUUUAUUUUUCACCGAUCUUAAAGUUACCAGCUGUCAAAAACACAGGUAAUACCUGAUCACUGUCGUCUUUGUCACUACAGGGUAUUCGUUAUUAUAAUAUUUUUUGUAAUUUUGAUUGUUUCUCGUACUUUGCGAGAUUCUGUUAUUGCACCUAAUUUUUUCUAAAAAAAUACGUUUAACAUUGACCAAAAGUACUCCUAACGAAGCAUACCGGUUAAACUCAUCCUAAGAAUGCCCUUAGUCAGGCUUACAAUAUUUAUAUUAUGUCUGUCUAUAUAUUAGAUUAUAUUUUUAUUACUGUGUAUAAAUAUAUGGCCAAUUAAACUGUACCUACCUAAUUUGUGUGUUUGAUCGAGUUAAUUUUUUUUUUUUAUUAUCCAAUAGUAUUAAGACCAUUACAAUAAUGAAUUAUUUCAUGAUUGGUGAAGUCAGAUAGUAUUGAGUUACAAAACACAAAUUGUAGACUACUACAGUAAGACGAUGAUGUUAUCUGGCAGUGGUGGAGGCCAUCAGUCUGCUGCGGCUGCAGCAGUAGCAGCUGUAGCAUCUUCAGCCGCAGCAGCAGCUGCUUCGUCUUCUUCGUCUGCUGCCAGCAGCUUCCUUCAUCUGGGUGAUGUGGUAUCUUUGUACUCUGAAGGCACUGUAUCAGGAUUCCUGAGCACAUUAGGGUAUUUUAUUUUUUACUUUGUAUUUAAUUGUUUUUUUUUAAUUUGACAUUAUAUUUUUAAUUAAAAGGCUGGUAGAUGACCGUGCUGUAGUGUGCCCUGAGGCAGGAGAUCUAAACAAUCCUCCCAAGAAAUUUCGAGGUAUGUUCACUAUCAUUACAACACAGACAAUAUUUUGUAUGGAAUAUAUAUAUAUAUAUAUAUAUAUAUUUUAUUGUUAUUUAACUUCAAGACUGCUUGUUCAUGAUGUGCCCAAUGAAUCGAUACUCGGCUCAAAAACAGUUUUGGAAGGCAGCCAAACAACAACAGUUACAACAACAACAACGUUUAGGUGGUAAUGGAUUUUCGCCCAGUAUAGGACCAUUGGGAUCAACAACAGCAGUUGGACCUCCCAUGGCCACAGAUACUGUUUUAAUCAAACGGCUACACGUUAGUACACCUUACAGUUUAAUAUUAUGUUAUGUUAUAUUACUAAUAUUUUUAGUGUAUUAAAAAAAUACUAGGUAGAUCUAGGUAAGACUAGGUAUAAAUAAUUUUAACAUUAUUAUUUUGGUCAAACAGUUAUGAAUCUAAUUAUGAAAAAUUGUUUGCCUUAAUUUUAGCAUGCUGCUGAGAUUGAAAAACGUCAGAAUGAGUCUGAGAACCGCAAACUUUUGGGAACUGUUAUCCAGUACGGUACUGUUGUGCAGGUAUAAAAUAUAAUUAAAUAUUAAAUAUUUUUCAUUUUAAAUAUUAUCUUUAUACCAUGCUGUUUGUUGUAGUUAUUGCACUUGAAAUCCAACAAAUAUUUAACUGUAAACAAACGACUCCCGGCCUUAUUAGAAAAAAAUGCCAUGCGUGUGUACUUAGAUGCAAAUGGCAAUGAGGGUUCGUGGUGGUAUGUAAUGCCAUUCUAUAAACUACGUUCCACUGGUGACAAUGUUGUUCUUGGAGAUAAAGUUACUAUGGUACCAGCAUGUGUAGGCGGCGGAAGUGGUGCAUCACUUGGUACACCUGCUUUGAGUGGAGCAAUGGGUGGUGCUAUGGGAUUUGGCUUUGGUGGAGGUAGUGGAUUCGGAGGAGGAGGAGGAUUUGGUGGUGUUGGUUCAUUUGGCGGUAGUGGCUUUGGAGGUGGAGGCUACUAUCAUCAUCAACAACAACAAGUUGCACUGCACGUCGCUGGGAACUAUGAACUACCAGACAACCCUGGUUGUAAAGAGGUCAGCACUAUAUUUAUUCCUAAAAUAUUGCAAUAUUAUAAUAUAAUUAAGUAUAUGAUUACUUUUCACUAAAUUAGAACAAACUUACAGAAACUAUUAUUGCCUAAAUAUUCUUUUUUUCUGGUACCCCAUUAUUAGUGUAAAAUUAAAAAAUAACUUAAAACACCAAAUGGACUACCAGAAAAGACCUUAGAAGUUAAUGAUUGUAGGAACCUUAUUCAUAAAAAUAAAGAAAAACUAAUACAUUACUUAACUCACUAAGUUUCACCUUAUUUUGAUACUUAAUAAGUUGCAUUUUUUCAAAUUUUAUCAUACUAAAAAAUAAUGUAGAAGUAAGUCAUACUUCUUUUACCCUUGGGAUAUAAUCUAUUAAAUUGAACCAUCUAUUUUGUAUAUUAAAAAAGAUACUGACAUAUUUCACAUGAUGGCCAAUGUUGUAGGUAAGAAGUUUGGAAGGCAGAAUAUAGUGGCUAAUGUAAUGUAUAUCUGUAUUCAGUUAAUCAUUUCUAACAAAAAAAAAAUUCUGAGCGGAGUUCAAUUGAUAGUGUUGCUUUGUCAACAAUAUAUGUUUCAUAUUAUGGUGAAAUGAUUACAACAAUGUGCAGUUCUAUGACAACAAUGGUUGUUUAAAAAACAUUAAAAUAAUAAAAAAAAUUUUAGAUUCUGAGCAGAGCAAAAAUGUAUUGGUUUUACAAUAUAUUUUUUUUUAUGUGAAUACAUUUUUUACCAGAAACCUUACUUUGUUUAUUAAGUUUAGGGUAUACUCAUCGUAUGAAAUACAUCUAUUUAUUUCUUAUAAUUUUGUAUAAACAGGAAAAGACGUUUUAGUUCUAUAAAUAUAGAAAAGUAAAGAUUUAUCAAAAAAAAAACAGUCCACAUUUAAAAUAGCUUGAAAAUUAAAUUUACUUAUAUCAACUUAGAAUUUUUUUAAUUGUAAUUUUCCAAUGUUGUAAUAGUAAAUAAUUAUUAAAAUAUUAAACCUAUAUUUUGUUUCGUUUUUAUUCAAAUUAUUUUAAUAAAUAUGUAUUCAGAUUAUUCAGAUCAUCAGAGGAAAAAUAUUUGUAUUGUUCUUUUAUUGUAAUAUAAAUAGUAUACAAUAUGUAAAUUAAUUUGAAAGUCAGUAGCUGUAAUUCAAAAUAUAAUUAAGAUAUUGUAAUGCAGUUUUUUCCAAUAAUAUGACAACCCUUUAGUAAUGGUUUAAAAUAAAAACAUCAAGAACCUCUAAACAUUUUUUUUUUUUUUUUGGUUUUAAACUAUUUUAAAAAUUCGAAAAUAAGUAUUUUAUAUUUAUUUAUUAAAAUUAUAGAAAAUAAAAACAAUUUUAAAAUUGGGUGAAUUUUGAAUGAAUGUAAGAAAAUCUUAUUUCCAAUAAUACAAUAGAAGAAGAAAUACUUAUUAUUCUGUACUUAAGCCAACUUUAGCAUUAAUUUAAAUAAUAAGUAUAGUAGAAGUUUCUUUCAUUCAAUCAAAUCUCAUAAAAUCAGGUAUAAUCACCUGAUUUCAAAAUUGUUUUUUUAUACUUUAAAUAAAUGACUAAUAGUUAUUUUCGAAUUUUUAAAAAAAUCAAAAAAAUAUUUCAGUAGUUCUUGAAAUUUUUAUUUUUAUUUGCUAUUAUAAUAGUCAUAUAUUACAUUGAUAAAACACGCACUACAAGAUCUGUAUUAUAUUUUGAAUUGCAGAUACUGACUUUCCAAUUAAUUUACGUACUCUAUAUACAUAUAUAUUAGGGUGGACAAAAAAACAUAUUUUUUGUUUACUUUUAUAGGUAAAUGUUGUUAAUUCAGCUGCCGGAUCAACUAUUCAUCAUCAUGUUCAACACAGUAAUAAUCAACAAAUUCAACAAUACCAGCAGCAAUCCUGGAAGGUCACUUUGUUCAUGGAACAUCGUGAUAAUCAAGAUGAUGUAUUGAAAGGAGGUGAUGUCCUACGACUGUUCCAUGCAGAACAGGAAAAAUUUCUUACAAUGGAUGAGUACAAAAGACAACAACAUGUGUUCUUACGAACUACAGGACGAACAUCAGCUACAGCUGCAACCUCCAGCAAAGCACUUUGGGAAGUAGAGGUAUGAUAUUGGGUAGUAUUUUAUUAGUUUAAUUAAAUUUAAUGUAUAUCUGUAAGCACCAAUUAACUAUUACUAACAAGCGAUUCUAGGCAAAGUUCAGUUAUAGUGUUGCUUUGCCAAAAAUAUAUGUCAUAUUAUGGUAAAAUGAUUACAUAUGUUUUAUAAUAUUUAUUAUGAAAGCAACUGGGAAAGUCAAAAAAUGAGAUGUUUAAAGUACCACCUUAGUUAGAUUUGCUACUAGAAAAGUUUUUUACAAGGAAAAAUAGGCUGUAAAGUUUGUUCAACCAAUACCUACAUUUUGUACAUUUUCUCUGUUUAUCUAAUUUUCUGAAUUUAAUCAAAUGGCCUCUCCAAUGUACUAUACUUAACAAUUAGAGCAAGAUUUUUGGUAGAAAAGUUGUCUAAAGAAAAAAACAUGUUGUUGAUUUUCUAAUGGAUUUUCAUAAUAAAUAGAUGAAAUCAGUAAAAUUGUAAGAAAAUUGUUAAAUUUAUGAAACUUAUUAUUUUAAAAUCGUAAAUAUUAUGAUAAAACGUGUAUAACCAUAGUCCAUUCAGAAUUGUUUAUGAUUAGAAAUUAAUAAUCAUUGACUACAGAUUUUAAAUGGAUGCAUACUGUGAAAUGUAGUAUUUGUUCAAACAGAAUAUUUUUUCUAGUUGGUGUAAUACAAAGUUGUUUUUGAUUUCCCUUGUUAUUUUCUUAAUUAUUUUUAAUUAAUAUUAAUCUACCAAAUAUAAAUUAUGUAAAUAAUUGGCAAAAUUAAAAUACCUGUAGUUAAAUACAGUAAAUUAGUAAAAAGCUCAAUGAUAAUUAAACAUUUUUGAAAAUUUUGCUUCGUCUAGAAACUGGAAAUAUACAUUUUCUGUCCAAAUUUCAAGUCUUUACAAAUAUUUUUAACUGAAUCAACAAAAAAUUAAAAUUUAAAAUAAUACUUUUCAUACAUUUUACCAUUUUUUCUGGGUUUUCCCAAUAAUAUUAUAAAAACCACUUGGAAAAUCAAAAAAAUUACUUCCCUAAAUUACUAUCCAGAUAUAAUUUUCUUACAGAAAAAGUACUACACUUGAAUAUUAGAGCAAGUCUUCUGGUAAAAGUGUUGUUUACAGAUAAAAAAAAAAAAAAAAAAACAUAAAACCAAUCAUUUCUCACAUCCCUCAGAAUCUAAAAAUCACUUUUUAUGAUAAUAAUACUGUUUUUUUUUUUACCCAACUAGGUUGUCCAGCAUGACCCAUGCCGUGGUGGCGCUGGCCACUGGAAUUGUCUUUUUCGGUUCAAACAUCUGGCCACAGGUCAUUAUUUAGCGGCUGAGAUAGAUGAUGAUGAAACAAUGGAUCAUAUGCGAUCCAAGCUCAGAGGUAUGCAUUUGUUUUGGGAAGUUUUUUUUAUUAAGAAAUUAUUAUUACUCUUUUCAUAUAUUAUAGAUGUUCAUGGUGGACCUGUAUACCAUUUGGUGUCAGUACCUCAUUCCAAUGAGAUAUCAUCACUUUUUGAACUUGAUCCUACAACAUUAUACCAAGGCCGAAGUGGUAGAAGCAGGAUGACUACUCGCCAACUCCAACCUGGUGGAUCUUCUGGUACACCAGCUAUUUCUGGUUAUGGUGGAGGAUAUGGCACCCCAGCAAUAGCUUCUAUACAACACCACCAGCAACCAGCAAAUUUAGACUCAGUAGUGCCACAGUCCUCUUAUGUCCGGCUCCACCAUCUAUGUACUAACACAUGGGUUCAUAGUACUUCAAUUCCUAUAGACAAAGAUGAAGACAAGCCUGUCAUGUCUAAAGUGACUAAUAUAUUUUUAUAUCCAAUAAUUAUAAAAAUUAAAAUAUUAUUUUUGUUCUCUUAAAAGGUGGGCUGUGCUCCUGUAAAAGAUGAUAAAGAGGCAUUUGCCUUGAUACCUGUAUCACCAUCUGAGGUUCGUGACUUAGACUUUGCUAAUGAUGCAUGUAAAGUAUUGGCCUGUAACAGUGCAAAAUUACUAGAACAUGGUUCUAUGUCAGCCAAUGAAAGACGGUAUGUUUUUAUUAAUAUUUAAUGCUUACUGAUUUUUAUAUUUGUUUGUAUAAUAUAAUAUUCUUGUUUAAACUCUCAAAAAUUAAGUGCUGUUACUACACUACUUCAAGACAUUGUGUAUUUUGUUGCGGACAUGGAGAAUGAACAAAAUAAAUCUGAGGCAUUGGAAUUGAUAGUUGCUAACCCAAAUAGGUAUGAUUCUAUUUAUUAUAUACUGAUAUAUAUUUAUUAUGAUACUGUUUAUUAUACUAUAUAUAUUAACUGUUUAUUCGGGUUAUUAUUAUCACUACAAUUCUAACAUUAUUAUUACAAUUAAUAGAGAUCGACAAAAGUUACUUCGUGAACAAGACAUACUCAAACAACUCUUCAAGAUACUACAGGCACCAUUUGUAAUGGAUAAUGUUAUAAGUUCUGGUAGUGGUGGUAACAACAAUAUUGGUACACGAGUAGAGGGUACCAGUGGCACAGCUGCUAUAGCCUUAGCUACAACAACAAUAACAACAGAAUCUCCAGAUGGAGAUAAUCAAAAGUAUGCGGCGGCAUACAAGUAUAUGUUUCGUCUGUGUUACAGAAUACUUCGACUGAGUCAACAUGAUUACCGAAAAAAUCAGGUGCAUUCAUGAUACCUAUUUAUACUAAAAUAUAACUAGUUAACUAAAAUGUUAUAAUUUUAAUAAAUAUUGUAAACUCGACAAUUUAUAGGAAUACAUAGCCAAACAUUUUGGGUUCAUGCAAAAACAAAUCGGUCUGGAUAUUCUUGCAGAAGACACAAUAACAGCGUUGUUGCACAAUAAUCGUAAACUGCUGGAAAAACAUAUCACUGCAGCUGAGAUUGAAACAUUCGUUGGCUUAGUUCGGAUGAAAAACGGAGGUGGUGGUGGAUUCAGUCAGUCAGCACCCAGAUUCCUUGAUUAUCUUAGUGAUUUGUGUAUAUCUAAUAAGAAAGCCAUUGCUAUUACACAAGAGUUGAUCUGUAAGAGUGUGCUGUUAAGUGGUUCCCGAGAUAUUUUAAUUGAGACUCGGUGUGUAGUGAUUGCUAUUCUUAAUAUUCUGUUAUAAUGUACAUUAGUAGUAAUAACACUGUUAUCAUAUACAUAUUUCUUUCUAUUUGUCAUUAUUUUUGGUUUUCACAGUAUGAUGAAACGAUUAUUACCCCAUCAACAGAGUGUAGAAGGCAUGACAUCACUACCAAAUAUCCAUGACCUUUCAGUCACUAUAUCAGAUGAUUCUGACUCUGAAUCAAAUGAUGGCCAUGUGGUCAUGUUGUCUUGGAAUGAAGGCAAGGUCAGUGUAAUAAAUUUACAAAUAAUUGCAGAGACUAGUGUAAUUUCUAAUUAAUAAUAGUUUUAUGUUUAUCAAUUUUUUGUUUGUUUUUUUUUUUUUUUAUUGAAAAUAGAAUUCCAAAUCAUUAGUGGAACUAUCAGCAGAUGCACGACGCUGGCAGCUGCAACAAUUACAACAUCUCCACCAACACAACAAAGCUGGGCCAGCAGCGUCAAAAAACAUCAAUGGUUAUGAUGAUUGGCACUUACUAGAAUAUUAUCGACAUCAGUUGGACCUGUUCUCAAAUAUGUGUCUAAAUAGACAGUACUUGGCACUGAAUAAUCUUUCUCCUCACUUAGACAUUGAUCUAAUACUUAAGUGAGUACUCAAUAAUAUAGUGAAUAUAGUUAGAAAUAGUGUGAAUGUAUGUAUCAAUUUUUAUCAAAAAAUAAUAGAUAAUAUAAUUGUCUAUUCUGAAAAUAGAUAUGGCACUAUUUGGCUUGUUUUUUUUUUAAUUGAAUCAGCCAAUAUUUGUUGGAACUUGAGCUCUAAUUUCAAUUUUUGUUAUUAUAGUACUUUCAAAAUAGUUAUUUUUAAAAUUAUCUACCUAUUGUUCUUAAUGUAAAUAAACUCACUUAUAUGUUACUGUAAAUAGCGUGUAAAAAUAUGAAAUCUAUGAUUAGUGGUUAUCAUUCUAUGUAUACACUAUCUUAUCGCUAUACAAAAUAUUAUUCAUUGAAAGUAUGUUGCCUGUUGGUCAUUUUUCUCUGAAAAUGCAACUGUUUUUAAUAUGUUCAUGUAGAGUACAAUGUUGUAAUAUCAACCAUUGUUUUAAAUUAACAGAUGCAUGGCUGAUGAAAAUGUACGUUAUGAUCUGCGUGCUUCAUUUUGUCGACUCAUGUUGCACUUGCAUGUAGAUCGUGACCCACAGGAACCUGUCACACCUGUCAAAUACGCCAGACUAUGGUCAGAGAUUCCAUUACAAAUAAGCAUUGACGAGUAAUAGUGAUUAAAAUAUUAUAUACUCAUUGACUUAUGUAUAUUUAUUGUGUAUGAUUAUGAAUGCUGAAUAAUUAUUCUUUUGAUAGUUAUGACAAUAAUAGGCGAUUGAAUAAUGAUACAGCUGCAGCACAACAGGUGCGCACCCGGUUUAGUUCAACUAUAGCAUUUGUUGAGGAUUAUUUGUUUAAUGUUGUGGCAAAAAUGUGGAAUUUUCAAGAUGCCCAACAAAACAAACUAACAUUUGAGGUAAAUUGAUAUGUUCAAUCAAAAUAUUCUAGAAAUUAGUGCUCUAAUAAUCGUGUAUACAAACUAAAAUUUAUGUAUAUUUAAUUACUACAUGUUUCUAUUUGUUAAAAAUAAAAUUGGAACUCUUAAUAUUAUUUAAUACUAUAUAGUAUUAUCCACAUAAUGUAAGACACUCAUUAUCUCGGAAAGUAUUAAAUUUUUCAGUGUUUUAAGUCAUUUAAAAAAAUAAGUAACCUUAUAAUGUUAUUUCAAUUAUUUUUUGUUGCUCUUAUUUUAAGGGGUGAAACUGCUAUUUACUUUUGAUUUUCAGAUUUCAACAUUUACUAAAUAUUUUAUAAAUAGAUUUCUAUUUAAUGUAACUAAUAUUUAUUAGUUAUAUUAGUAUAGUUAAGAGAUAUUCUACUAUUACGUUAAGGUAGGAAUAGAGUGGUAGAACACUAUUAAAAUGCCAUAUCCAAAUAUGCACCACUACUCUCCCCCAAAUUAAAUUUAAAAGUGGAAUAUCUUGUAAAUAGGUUAACAGUAAUUAAAUAUUUCAGCACCAAAAUUGAUUUAAUUAAUAUUCUAUCUAUUUAUAGAAUUUUUAAUAUAGGUUGCUAUUUAAAAAUAAAAAUUAGGUAGGUUUGACCUCCUAAAGUAAGGGUGACAAAAUAUAAUCAAAUAUUUCAAAAUGAACAUUUUGUUUUAAAUGAAUUUGUAUGUAAUAUAUUUAAAUAAACAGGUAGUCAAGUUAGCCAGAGAUUUGAUUUACUUUGGGUUCUACAGUUUUGGCGAUUUACUCCGUCUCACAAAAACUCUCUUAAGCAUACUAGACUGUGUGUCAGAAAAUGAUUUUGCAUCCAUUGGUCGUGCUACUGGUAAUGAUAUUGUUUCUGGUGCAGUGAGUGCUACAGCAACAGGGUCAACAACUACAGAUGUGAAAGGUAAACUUACUUUAGCCCUUAUUCUGCAUCCUAUUAAAUGUCUGCUAUAAAAGCUGAUUAUUAUAAUAUCAUAAUAAUCAUAUGGUGUUGUGUCAUUUGUUUGUUUAUUAUAAAGCGGAAGGAAUAGGUCCCAUGAGAUCAGCUAUUGGUGAUGUAGGUGCUGUAGUUACUGGACUUACACUUGGAGGAAGUGGUGGUGGUGGGCGUAGGCAUCCACCGCCAUUACUGAACAAAUCAAAAUCCUCACUAAGCAUGGUUACAACUACAACUACUGGUUCAUCAUCCUCAUCACUUAUACACCAGCAGAAUCCAGGUGGUGGCGGCACAUCAAUUGUUAGUGGUGAAGCAUAUCCUCUGGUCAUGGAUACAAAAUUAAAAAUCAUAGAAAUAUUACAGGUCAGUCUUUGCUAUAAGUGUCAUUCAAUUGUUAUUUUUUUAUUUUUGAAAAUGGUUCAACCACACAAAAUUUUUUAAACGAAAUAUCAAAAUCUGUCUCUGGGUGCAGCCAGGAAUGGAGGUUAGUUGAAAAUGGUGCUUUGUCAAUAAUAUGUAUAUUAUAUUACGAUAAAAUAAUUAAAUAAGCAUUAUAUAUUUUCUGUAAUAAUAUUUGUUUAAUAUAGUACUAAUUUUUCCGAUUUUCUGACAUUUCCUGUUUUUUUCACAGUUUUUCACAUUUGAUGAGAAAAUUCCUGAGAAAAUUGAAAAAUUAUCACCCUUAAGUACCACCCCAAGAAAAUUUUCCUUCAUAAAUAGGUCUUAUAUAUCAGAGCAAGAUUUCUAGUAGAAUUUGUGUACACAGUUGUAAUAUAAUAAACAUCUUUGUAAAACCAAUACAUUCUUCACUAAACUCAGAAUCUAAAAUUUGUCUACAGUGUACUCACUCAAUUUUAUAUAUUGGCAUUAUUAAUAUUUACUUCCAAGACACAUAAUUAAAUAUAUAUAUAUAAAUAUAAGUUAUAUAAUUUUUACUGGGGGAUCUCACAAAAUAAACCACCUUCAACUUAAUUAUUUUAAUCAAUCACUAUAAGAGUAUUAUUCUGAUAAGUGUUAACAAUUAUUUUACUACAUUAUAAAAUUAUAUUAUACAUAUUGUUUAUACUGUAGUAUGUAUUGUACUAAAAGUGUAGAAAAAAAAUUAACUGAUAACAUUAAUUGAAUUUAUUUACAGAAUCAAUUUAACUUGACUUAGUUAAAAAACCUAAAUAUGUAUUUUUUAAAAAUAAAUAUGCAGCCUUUUGUCUUUCAACAAGCUAUUUAAGUAAUUUUAUUUCAAUAAACAAUAUUUGAAAUGUAAUAUGUACUUAAACUUAAACUUUACCCUGUCUUAUUUGUUUCAACAUCUAUGUUUAAAUUUAGUUUAUAUGAUUAACAAAAUAGCAGUAAAAUGACAUUUAUAAAAUAAUUUAAUUGAAACAUAUUUUUGAAGUGAAACUUUUAUGAGCUGAAAGUAAAAUUUCAAGGCUAAAUGUGAUGAAAAUCAUCAUAGUCAGUCUCAGUUAGGUUAACCAGCACGUACCAUAAUCACAUCAUCAGUUAUUAACACACUCACACACUAGUGACACUGUGAAUAAAUGUAAUCAGAAAACCAUUCUAAGAAACUUAAUAUAUAAUACAGGUCGAACCCUUUAUUCAGAAUAUACCACUUUUAUAUCUAUGAAUGCAAUCCUUGAUCUAUUCUGGUAAUUUAAAAUUUUGACUUUUAAUCUAUUAUCAAAGUCACUUCUUUGUUUAUGAAAAUAUAUACACUACUUAUCUGAAUGCAGAUAAUAAUGUAUCCUAAACAAAUUAAAUCUGUCAGGAUUAAAAUCCAAGAAUUCAGAUUUUCGAAAUUCGGAUUUUUCCCACCAUUAACACACACACAUACACAUACACAUACAAUGUAAAUAAAAAUAUGGCUAAUUCAGUUAUCAUAAGCCCAUUAUAUAGUAAUAAUAGAAUAAGAAAAUUAAUAAUAAUAAUGAUAAAUUAAAUUAAUUUUAAUUAGAUUUUAUUUUGUUCCAAUACAAACCUAAUAUUAUAUCAGUUGAAUUACUCUGAAAGAAGUUCAUAAUAUUCAUAUCCAAACAGUAUUUAUGUAAUUUUAUAAACAUUUCAUUUCAAUCCUUAUCAAUAGAAUAAAAUUUAAUCUAGCUGUUAAAGUGUUAGGAGUUUCACUUCACAUAUUUAAUCAUAUAGACAAUUUAUUUUAACAUUUUUAAUUUAUUUACAACUGAAAAUUAACAAAUAUGGUUACUUUUUGGUAACUGAAAAAAAAAACCAAAUUGCCACAAUUAUAACAAAUGAUUAUUUGUUCACAUCACAUUGUUUUGUUUUUACAUCUAUUAGAAUAUCAAUAAAUUAUUUGAUAACAGAAAGUGUUAAUGGAUAGAUGUUAUAACCAUGAUUGUUGAUACAUCAGAUAUCUAGAAUAUUACUCAAUGAUCUAGAACAAUGGUUAUAAUAAUAAUUAUUAAGGCCACAGAUAACAUGAAAACUAUGUAUUAACCACAGAUUUAUUUAAGUCCGUGGAUACUAAUUAUUGUACUGUAGCCACAAUAUUCCUUGUUAUAGUCCAAAAAAAAAAUAUUUAUUCAAGUUUUAUGAGAAUGUCAUGAUAUUAAUUUACUAUUAUGCUACCAAGGAGGGGGGGUCCUGAGCUAUUUAACCCCCUUCAGUGUGCUAUUAAAUCAAUAUAAUAAUACAUUACCUAUGUAUUAUUAUAAUCAAUUAUUGUGUUUUCCCUCUGAUAUUCUGUUUAGUAUAUAAAAUAAACUUAUUAUGUUACCUAAUUUAUUUGAUCAUGUUUUUCUAAAUAAAAAUGUAUAAUAUUUUAUUUUGCACUAUAUUUUAUAAACCACAGUUUGAAAUUGAAAAAUCAUAAAUCAUUCAUUACAUUUGACUACUGAUUCUGAAUAAAACUUAAAAUUUAUUUACCAAGACUCAUAUUUUUUAGUUUUUCAAAGUUUUAAUAGUUAACAAAACUAAUAAUAAACUUUCUACUAAGUUCCUUUGGGUGUAAAUUAUUCUAAUGAUAUUGAUGGAAUUUUUCAUUUUCUAGAGUUUUUUUAUAAACCAAAAUGUUUUUAUCAAUGAUACUUCAAUAUUUUUCGAAAUUUUGAAUUCUUUAUCACUGACAGUGUCUGAGUGAACAUCUUCACCUACAAUGAAAUUUUUAUUCAGGAAAAUUAACAACCAACUCCCCCCUCCCUCCCGGGACAAUUUGACACUAAAUUCUUAACAUUACAUUUUUUACUUGGAUCAAAAAGUCUCCAAAACAUAUCUAAUUGUCCCAGAGAUAAAAUGUCUGGAGAUGAGAUUGAAAUCUCAAUACAGGUAUAAUAUCUAAUGUAACAUAAUAUUAUAAUUAUGUAUUUCUGUGGGACCUACUCAAGUAAAAACAAAAAAAAAAACACGAUAUUCAUCAAUAAUAGGUAUAAAUUAAAUUUAGAAAACAUCUUUCUCAUCAUAAUACUAUGUUAGUUCCCUAAUUUUGAAAAUUUUAAUCCAAAAUAAGUUACAAAUAAUAUUUCAGUAACAAUGACUUGUUGUAAAGUACAUUAUUUAAAAAAAAUGCAAAAUGUAAUAUCAUUAAUGUACAGUAGAAGCCCUUUAUUGGGAACACUUUUGGACCAAGAUGAAGUGUGUCAAAUAAAAUUGUUUCAAAUAAUAUGGUUUUUAUUUGCUAUGAAAAAAAAUAUAUAUCUACCAUAAAAAAAAAAAAUGAAUUAUUUUAUUUGUUAUGUAAACUUACGAAAAUAACUUAUGUUUCUUUACUUGUGUAAUGAACAGUAAAAAUAAACAAAAUUAAUUGAACAAAUAGAAUUCAGUAUUCAUAGUAACAUAUAGUAAAGAUAAAAUAAUGUAAUACUACAGUAGUAUAGUACCUCUAGUAUAGAAUCUUAUUAUUUUAAAUAAUCAAUGUGCUGUUUUAAUAAUCCCACCGACAGCUGGUAGCUGGUCCGUAUCUAGACAUUUUAUUUCAAUAAUAUGAUUGUAUUAUAAUCCUUUUUCCUAAUAAGCGGCUUCUACUGUAUUUAAGUUUUUAAGUUUACCAACAUGGGAUCAUCGGGUCACUGAAAACUGUUAUAGUAUUAUUAUCAUCUGAAAAUAAUUGUUCGUAUAACAUCUUUAAUUGGGUAAUCACAAUUAUUGACAAUAAUUUGUAAUUAUAUAUUUUCAAAAAUAUCUAUUUUAAAACAGUUAUUAUGAAAAAUUAAAUAAUUUAUAUCAUUGAAUUUUAUUUAAUUAAAAAAAAAAAUUUUUAAUUAAAUAUACUAUUGCCUUUGUGGUAGAUAGUUAAUGACGACACUACAGUCUAUACAGUAUGUUUUACUAACUUAUAACCAUUGCAAUACCUCAGAGUGUAUUACAUUUUUUUCAUUAAUUUAAAAAAUACAAGCAACUCUAAAAUGUUAAAUUUCUGUACUAUUUUAUCACAAAUUUAAUAAAAUAAUGUUAAACAUUUUGGUGUUGUAAUUUUGUAUUUCAAGAUAAAUGGAGUAUUAGUUUAAAGACAUUUUAUUUCUGGAAUUGUUGAAUAGUAUUCUACAGCACUAUUCAAAUAGUGCUGCCAUACAAAUUAUGUUCCACUACCCUCCCUUUUCCCAAACUUAAAAGUGAAAUAUCUCAUCAAUGGAUGAUAGAAAUCAAAAAUUUUAGGACCAACAUGUAUUUAAACAAAUACUCCAUUUAUUUGUGGGAAGCUUAAAUUUAGAUUGUCAUUUGAAAAUCAAAACUAGAUAGUUAUUUUACUCCCAAAAAUAAGGAUGCCAAAAAAUAAUUGUAAUAUAACAUUUUAGGAGGCUGUUUGUAUUUUAAAUUAUAAACAAUAAAUCAGAAAUAGUACAAUGGGUAUAUCUUUUUAGGACACUUGUAUCUAUUUAAUUUAUUUCUCUGGUACAUACUACUUUUUUAUGUAACAAUAAUAAUGUUUUUUUUUUUAUACAGAAUUUUCUCAGCUAGUACUGAUUGCUGAAUAUACUGAAUUUUUUACUGAAUAUUUAAAAUAGAUUAACAAUAAGUUCUUGCCAAUUAGUUUUAAAAUAUAUAAUUUAGAGAUAUUUUUUUUAUUAAGUCAUAUUUUUAUUUUCAUCAUUCUAUAAAAACAUUGGUUUGAAAUUAAAACUAUGACUAGGUAGGUUGUUACUGUGUGGUGAAUAACUUUGACUAAAUAAUAUAUAACUAAGUACUUACUCAAUAAAUAAAUAUAUUAUGUGAAUGUUACCGGGAUUUUCAGCUGAAUAACAUAAUUCGGGAUCCAGAUAAAAGGCAAAUCGAUAGUUUUCUUUGUAAGCAGGUAUAUGCUUGUAAAUAUUUCUUUAUAAAUCACAGUUUACCUUACAAUUUUUAUUAAACUAUGAGGAAUAUUAAUUUAAAAAAUAUUAUACAAUUAAUGUUGGUUUGAAUAAUAUUUGUAUAUGAAUAAAGUGUAAACGGAAAAAUAAAUAUGUACAUGCACGUGUAGACAAACAAGCCCAAUAUGAAUAACAGCUAGUUGAUGACUGAAUUUACUGACUAUACCCACUACUACCUGACCAAGUAACAUUAUAUAAUAUUUUACAGACAUAGUAAUAAUUAUUAUAUACAUUGCUAGUGCAAUGGAUGUAUUUUAAUUUGUAUACAACAGAUAAUGGAUAAUAAUACUAUGAUAUUGUUCCAUAAUGUUCCAAAUGUACCUAUACUAUUUUAGUGCAUGGGUCUUCAACCUUUUUAUGUAGUAGUCUAAAUAUUAUUUUCUAAAAAACCAUUAGUAGUAAACAAGUGUAUUUUUUACAAAAAUUUAAUUUUAUAAUUAUUAAAACACAUAUAGAUUAACAUAUUUUAAUUUUGAAUUACAUAUUAUUUAUUUUAUAUUUAAUGUGAUAAAUGAUAACUGAUAUUUUUUACUAAUUAAUUUUUCUAUAUUUGGUUGGAUCUGAGAGGAUGAAAUUAUCAGUGAGUUUUCUAAGUGUAUGUCAACCAAGCUCUAGUUUUCGAUUUGAUAAUUUUCAUUUGUGAAAAUAUAUGCUCACAAUUGUAAGUACUACCUAAAAGAGUAGGUAAUUUAAUUUAUCUUAUUGCAUUUUUCCUAAUUCUUUUGAUAUCAAUGGCUUAUGACUGUUCUAAUUUUAUCGAAAGGAAAAGAAAUAGAAAAUAUAUACUAUAUUUAACAUAUGGUCACAGGCUGCAAAUAAUGGCAAGGUGGACCAUGGGUUGAAGACCCCUGUUUUAGUGUAUUAGGAAAAUAAAGAAACAAAAAAGAUUUAUUAUCAAAAUUUUACCCAAACCUAUUACUAAUCAUAUGAUUUAUUUUAAAAUUGUGUUAAAAUGUAUAAUAUGAGAACAAUAAAAAAAUCAAAUUAUAAUUUUUGUGGAGGUAAAUAUAAUAAUAUUAUAUAAUAUUUGUACCCCCACAGAGAUGCAAAUGUUUAACUAGAUAUAGGAUAUAACCGGGCAGAUGGGAAGAUAUAGUGCAAGGAUAAUAGUCAGUAAAUUCUAUCAAAAAAACAAAUAUAAAGGAAUAGAUAUUAUGAGAAGGGCUUGUGUUGAAAGAAAAAGAGAAAUUAUGAGAUGGUCAAAUAGACUGGUCAAAUUUGUAUGUUAGUGGCAAGUAACCUGCAUUUGGAAAGUAAUGAGGGCAUGUGAAAUAUAUGAGAAACUUAAAGUAUCAAAGCAAAAAGAUAAAAAAAGAUUAGUAUUGUAAUAUGUAAUAACAUAGAAGUAUCUUAUCCUUUACAUACACGGCCAUUUACGUCAUGCAUAAUCACUAUAAUACAUAAUUUACCUAUCUAGUCAUAUAAUUCUGAGUAUUUGAAUAUUGUUUAUAAAUAAUUCAUAAUUUGUAUUAUUUUUUAUGCAUAAUAUUAUUUUAAAUUUCCAUGAUUUCCAUAACCUAUUACACAGGUAAAGUAUAGCCGAGUGCAAAAAAAUUUAUGUCAACAGCAUAUAGCAUUAUAAUAGACAAUAAUGAAUUUGGCUAAAAAUAAAAAAAAAUCUCAUUUGGUUAAAUAAAUUUACAAAUUCUUCUCAUUUAAAUAGUGGAAUAAUUGCUUAUUUUUUAAAAUUGAAUGAUUUUAACUGAAAUGUUUGUGUAUACUCUACUACCCUAAAUUUGUUUUGAUUUAUUAUUUAUAUUUUAGAAAAAAUAUAUACUUUCUCUGAUAUAUUAAAAAUCUUAUUUGUUAUACUUAAUAGUACAUUUCACUAUACAAUGAUCUAUCCAUAAUUUCUUUUUAAUUCUGUAAUAAAUAAAUAAAAGUAUAAGAAAUUUAAAUACUUAACACCAUCAGCUACUUAGAUUAUUACUUUUGAGAGUAAGAAACUUUUAAAUGUUAUAUUAUAUAAUAUAAUAAAGCUGCCCUUACCUAUCCUGCGCAAAACUUCCUCUGUAGUGGUAGUGAAUAUAGAAAAUAUAAAUAUAUUUAUAAUUGUUAAUACCAAUAUUAAUAAGAAUUUAAAGUAUUACAUAUUAUAGCCAAUAUAUUUUAGAUUUUGAAGUUUAUGAUUUUACAAAGACAUUUAUUUUUUUUUCUGUGUACAACUUUUCUACCAGAGAUCUGGCUCCGAUUUUCAAAUUUAGCACCUUUUUUGAAAGGAAAUCAGUGUGAAAAGGUACUUUAAGGAGGUAAUUUUUCAGUUUUCUAAAAAGUUUUCCCAGCAAAUGUGAAAUACCAGGAAAAAACCGGUAGACAUAUAUAUAUUGUUGACAUGGUAUUAUUGGUUUGUUGGUUGCUAACAGAUAUACAUUAAAUUAACUAGAACAGUGGCUGCCCAUCUCCAUUAUCCUAGGAUGUAUUAUCAACUUUUAUUUAUUUACUACAUUAUAUAUGUCCUAAAUUAAAAUAAAUGUAAUCUUCCAUAUAUAUCCAAUUGCAUUAUUUACAUAUGACUAAUAAACUAAUCGCUGAUAAACUAUGCAUACAAAUAUAAAGAAUUUAACAUAAGUGACUAAAAUUAAAAAUUAUGAUGUAUGUAAAAUAAUAUACACCAUUCAAAUUAUUUUUUGCUAUUAUCUCCAUCUAUCUCUGUUUUGGUUUUCUUCUUUUGUUGGAUCGGAUUAUAUCACUGAACCAGUUAGGUUGAUACAAUUAUCUUUUAUCACUUAUAUAUUAAACUUUACAAUGCUAAAAUUAUUUAAAUAUUUAUAAUUAUUUGUAAUAUUUCUAAAGUAGUUAGUGAUCCACCAAAUACAAUAUUGUGUAAUUGUAUGAUAUUAAAUAUUUAUUGUUUUUAUAUUCAGUUUAUAUUGGAUGUCCGUCUGGAUUACCGUAUUGGCUGUUUGCUGUCGAUUUUCAAACGGGAAUUCGAUGAAAUUGAAAAAUCUGCAGCGGCCGCCACUGCAUCUGCGGUCUCUGCCCCCUCACAACUAUCGACUUCAACGACUGGCACCAAUGCUGAAUCUCCAUCUACACCCACAAUUACUACAACAGCAUCUUCCACAGCAUCAUCAGUGUCAUCGUCAGCCUUUAUUGAUCACCACUACCACAAGUCCAUUGAUUUGGAGCGGGUCGGCGUCCAAGCCGAAGGGAUAUUUGGUGAAAGGUAACUUUUCAAAUCGCAUUUAGUUGACUCUACUCACCUCUCUGCGUUUGUUUUGGUGGUUUUAGUAGUACACUAUUAUUGUUCCUCCCAGCUCUUUUACCCUGACUUAAUAUUUUAUAUAAUGGUAUCCCAACUAACAAUGAUUAACGUGAGUAUGUUUGUGUUUGUGUGUUUGUGUGUGUUCGUGUGUGUAUGAUUAAUUUAACAACACAGUGAAGAAUGUGGUGGCGCAGCUCUAGACUUAGAUGACAAUGGAGGCCGGAUGUUUUUACGUGUUCUCCUACACUUGACCAUGCAUGAUUACCCUGCUCUUGUCUCAGGAGCUCUGCACCUAUUGUUCCGACAUUUCAGUCAACGGCAAGAAGUGUUGCAAGCGUUUAAACAGGUAUGUUUUCUAGGUACGACUAAUUUUAUGUUGGUUCGACAUAAGACAAUAAUUAUGUAAUAAAUAUUUAAACUUACACUUUUUGUUUAUAUAUUUUUAUUCAAACAGGUUCAACUGCUAGUGUCUGAUGCCGAUGUAGAAUCAUACAAACAAAUUAAAUCAGAUCUAGACGUUCUCCGGCAAAGUGUUGAGAAAUCUGAGUUAUGGGUAUACAAAUCAAACAAGUCAACUGCUACCACUGGUGGUGGUGAUGAACAUCAGCAACACCAAUUGCAAGCACAAUCAUCCAUUGUUACAGUGCCUAUGACAACAAAUAAUGGCACAACCAUAACUAUAAACACAUCAUCCACACACUUUGGUAACACUGCUUCAUCUACACCAUCACCACAAAAAGCAACAACUGGCCAUUCAGUAACUUCAACUUUGCCAACAAUGUCUACCAGCAAAGAACAUGUAGACACUAAGGUAAAUGAUAGUGGUGGCGGCGAAGAAGAAGAUGAAGAUGAUGAAUACAAAAAAAUCCAAAAGGUAAUGUCUCGGAUUAUGUAGUGUUUGAUAAUUAUUAUGUUUAAUAAUUACUAUGCAGAAUGUCCCAAUAUCUCAUGAUGAUCUGAUGUUUGAAGUAACUUUUAUUUUAUUCAAUAUUUUUAGUAUAUACAUACAUUUUUUUUUUUUUAAUAAUAAUUAUUGUGCCUCUGCCAUAAUUUAAAAAAAAUAAAUAAAAAUUUUGGUUUGGGAACAAAAAAUUAAACAUUUUCUAUAAUUUUUUUAAAACAAUAACUAUUUAGUCAGAUAUAUUUUUAGAAUAAUUUUAGUGCUUUUAUUUUCUAUAAUUUUUUGAAUUUUUUGCAAACGUAAAUAUUAUUAUGAUUUAUAAUCCUUUGUAAUAUUUAAUCAGUAGUCAGUAUUAAUAAUUGUAAGUGUUUUUGAACUAUGAGUGAAAAUAAUUGUAAUAUAGAUUGAAUUUGCAUGCGCCAUUUUUUUUUUAAAUUUUAAAUUUUGUAAAAAACUUCUUCUAGAAAUACUCUUAUUUUCUUAAUUUUAUGAGCGGGUUUUUAAAAGGAAAAACCGCAAAAGACACAACAUAUUAAUAAAAACAGAAUAAUACAAGUAUGUUUACAAAGAAUUGUGCAUAACAAUAAUACCUUAAUUUAAUAAAAUUUACUUAAAAUAAAAAAAAAACUGAUACUAGGUAUGGGAGUGGCCACUGUUGUAGGUGAGAAGUUGGGAAGGUAGGAUACUUAAUGUUAUUUUGUUUGUAAGCAACGAUAAACCAUUGUUUGACAAAAGACGAUUCGAGCACAGUUCGGUAAUACAUAAUUUGAAGUGCCGUAUUUUUCUUUGCUGUUUUCGUUUAAAUUACUUUCAAAACGCUUAUUAAAAAAAAAUCGGCCGAUGAUUUUGAAAAUUUCACCACGUCGGUAAGUCUAAUAUAAGUAUUAUUACCAAGUUUCAAGUCUACGUGUAUUUAUAACCAAAUUACAGCAAAAACUUCAAAAAAUUUAAAUUCCUUAAAGCUCAAAAGUUUUUGCAAUUAUAGCAUAUAAAAGUAAAUCAAAAAGGCAACAAAAAUGUAUCUUGUGAUUUAUCGUUUACAUCAUUUUUUCUGGUAGAAAACGUCCCGUGAUUUUAUAAAAUAAUGAAAUUAUACAUUUUCCUACGUUUUUUCCCACUUAAGUGCUUUUAUUUAAAAAAUGGCGUCAACUUGAACUUUCAGAAAAUAUGCUACACGUAAAAAUUGGAGUAAGUUUACUAGGAAAAAACAUGUUCACAGUCUAGAACAAAGUAACAAAAAAGAAGAAGAAGAAGAAAUAAACAGCAUUGUAAAACCAACAGCUUACUCACAAUGCUCGGAAUCUAAAAUUACAUUAUACUACAAAUUUAGUUAAAACUUUGUCAAAUAGUAAUAAAAAUGAUUUAUUAUUAUUAAAAACAUCAAUUUUUACAUUUUGACUGUGAUAUACCUGAUGAUGAAUUUUUAAUUUGAAAUAAGUAGGUUGUAUAAUACACUUAUCAUAAUAUUUGUGUAUAUAAGUUGUUCAUACAUUAAAUUAUUUGAAAAUUCAGCCCAUAUUGUGGGAAAUUACAGCUUAGUUAUUUUUUUUUUAAAGUUACAAAAAUCUUUUAUUUACUGAUUAUUUGGUUUUCAGCCAUGAGAUCAUCAAAUUCAAAAAUUCAUUCUUAAACUUCCUCAGGUUUUAAAAAAGAUAAUUUAAAGAAUGGUCUUAAUAAUUUUUAAAUUUUUUACUUAGACCUAGUGAUUUAAUUUUUCUCCACAUAGUCUAACCGGAAUGAAAACGGUAACCUUUAUGAAUUAUUUUAGGAAAAAUUUCCAAGAUAAACUUGUUUGAAUUUAGCAUACAUUUUAUGUGGUAAAGUCAAAGUCAAAUCACCCAUCUUUUUUUAAUAAUAUGGACAAUAUAUCUUUAUAAAUAUUUGUAUUUUUGCCUAUUGAUAAAAAAAUACUAGUUGUGUUUAAAUUCCAUGUUUAGCUCCAUAAAUAAUGAACAAAAUGGUAAUAUUGUUUAGGGAAACUUUUGAAUAUGUCAUCAAAAUAUAAAACAUCAUAUUCAGCUAAAUAUUGUAACUCAUUUUCGUGGUUGUAAUUUAGAACACUAAAAAUAAUUUCACCAUUUUCCCUUAAUUUAACCCUGGUAUAAAAAAUAUGGUCGCACAAUUUGGUUGUGAACCAACAUCACUCUUUUUUUGCUUUGCAAUUUGGAUGCAGCUGUUAUAGUAUGAUAAUAUUAUCUCAUGAAACAAAAAAUCCUCAUUUGCUAUGCUCUUACUACUGAUUAAAUAUUAUUGUAGAUUAUAAUUUACAAUAAUAUUCACAUUUGCAAAAAUUUCAAAAAAAUUCUAAUAAAUAAAAAACGACCAUAACUAAAUAAAAGUUUCAAAUACUAAACAUUUUCUAAAAAACUAUUUUACAAAAUGGCUCUCUCGAUUAUUUUUUUUUUUUUAAUAUAUUAAAUAUAUUAGCUGUAGUACAGAGACACUAUGUUAUGAACCCCUGGUAUUUUAGUUAGGUUUCUGGACCAAUGGUUAGUAUUAAGAAUAUAGUGUAAAUGGUAGUUUGUAUAGUGUACAGGCAAAAGGGAAUGCACUGAGUUAACCCUUUUGUCUAUCCCUUGGUUAUGGUAUGAUAUCGAGAGAAUGAUGUAUGAAAAUAUAGUAGUAAUAUUAUUCAAUAAUUCGUGAGUGUUCACUUAAUUUAUUUAUUUGUUGUCGACUGUCAAAGUCCAUAAUAACUAAUUAUUAAAAAAUAUUGAAUAGAACAAAAGUUAUUGUAUGUGUCAGAUCAUGUGACAGGGUGUCCACUCUAUAUACAUAAAAAUGACAAAGUGAACUUUAAAUUGGUUUUAUUUGCCGGGGAUUUUAAGUAUACAAUUUUACCAUGCAUAUUUGUAGUAUUUUAGAUUUUUAGUGCUAUUUUUUACCAAUAUACAGUAAUUAUUGAUUUAUUUUAUGUUAUUAAUAAAUAUUGUUUUUAUUGAAUGAAGGCUAAAGUAUAAAGUUGUCAUUUUAUAUGAUUUUAUUUUAUUUAUACAUUUGUAAUUUACUAAUUUAAAUUUCUAAAACAUUGUUAUUAUAAAAUAAUAUUUUUUUUAUGUUUCAGGGUAUACAGGCUAUCCUACAAAGAUAUCUCUGGAGAUAAUAAAGAUAAUCAAAUUUUGUUGUUUUUUUUCAAUUACUGACAGGGAUGAGGACUACAAAUAUUUAUAUUCAAAUUAAAAAUUUUUUUCAUUUAUUAAAAAAAAUUACUUUAUUUUAUUAUUUUCAUAAAAAAAUUUAAGAUAGCCAUUCUAUAAAAUCUAUUCUUCUGAAAAUUUUAAUGUAUCACAUAUUUAUAUCCAAUAAAUAGUUUUAAAACUAAUGUUAUCUAGGGAAUAACCUACACUUGUUAUUAGAAUUUAGGUCCCCUGUUAUAUAGAAACUAUACAUUGAAUAUAAAUAUGUGAUACAUUAAAAUUUUCAAAAAUAAUAAAAAAAAAUUUGUACUUCUCAUCCCUGUGAGUAAUAUUAAAAAUAAAAACAGAAUUUAAUUAUCUUUAUUACCUCCAGAGAUAUUCAAGGGGUAUAUCUUUUUGGGACAGCCUGUAUUAUAUUACAUAUUUUAAGAUUUUUAUUUCAGUCAUAUAUUAAAAUACUUUUUAGUGCUAUAGAUUUUAGCUCUAGUAAUAACUAAUAUACAGGAUAGACCAGUGAACUAGGAAGAAUAACUCUUACAAACUUUAAAAAAUUAAUUUUUAAUAUUGUGGAAAACAUAUAGAACAUUAUUAAAUGGCAUAUUUGCUAUUUAAAGUUCAAAGCACUAAAAUCUCAAAUUCGGAAAAUAAGUCAGUGAGAUGGUGUCUGUUCCUCUGUAUGCAUUCCAGAAAUUGUGGUGUGUAGGUUUUUUUAUGACCAACAUCUUCAUGGAAAUCAAAGCAAUUUUUUCUUGGAUUUUUGUCUUUGUCUGGACAAGGGUUCGUGGGCGAAUUCAAAUCAUUUUGUAAUAUUCAGAUUAUCAUCUGAAAUUCAAUUCUGUUGCUUGUUUUCAACCAAACUGCUUCAAUUUUUGCAAGGGUUUGUUGAGUUCCUUAAGCUCUUGGUGGUUUAUUUUUUAUAGGUGAAUUGGGCUCCUCUAAAUUCUCAAUCCAAAUCUUGAUUUCAGUUUAUGAUGAAAUACAAUCACUGUAGUGACAUCAAAAUUCCCUGCUAGCAACAUUCAGACUAUCGCCAUUUUUGGUGAUUUGCCUUCACAGGAAAUGUACAUUGUAAACUAAUCCACUGAUUCAUAAUUACUAAAUGACAAGUACUUGUGAACAUAUAAAUAACACUUCCACCUUUCUAGAAGCUUCCCAGUUCUAACAUAAUAACUUUCAAAUUUUCCCGGUUUACUGGUCCACUCUGUACAUAUUAAUUUUAUUACUAACAGUUAAAUAAUAUUGUUUAAUGGUUUUUAUUGUAACUAAUAUGACGUGUUUGGUUUCCUCAGAUUUUGAUAAGAAUGAAUGAACUGUGUGUUACUCGCAUACCAACUGUUGCUGGUGGUGGACUGCAUUCAUCAUCCUCCAGAUCUAAUCUAUCCACAAACAUGACUGGCACAUCUUUAAUAUCAGCAAUAAAAAAACCAAGGAAACAUGAACAACGGUUGUUACGUAAUGUCGGUGUUCACACAGUUGUGUUGGACCUGUUGCAGGUACCAUAUGAUAGGAAAGGAGACAGGCGCAUGGAUGGUCUCAUGGAACUGGCACAUGAAUUCUUGCAAUCAUUUUGCCUGGGUAACCCCCAAAACCAACAUUUACUACAUGCCCACUUGGAUCUAUUUCUUAACCCUGAGGUACACAAUUUUCCAAUUACAAUGAUAAUAAAAUUGUAUUCACAAUAGUAAUAAAUUUCAUAAUUCAAGUAGAUUCGAGAUGCGCGGACCGUCUGUGCAAUAUUUAAGGACAAUCCAGUGCUGUGCAAUGAAAUUGGUGGUGGUGGUGGUGACAAAGUCGUUCAGCAUUUCAUACAUUGUAUUGAGUCCCAAGGAAAACGGGUUGAGUACUUGGAAUUUUUCCAAACAAUAGUAGGUUGCUGUUCACCAGAAUCUGGAUCUGUUUCUGGGGUAGGGACUGAUGGGUCUAUGCAAGAACCAGAAAGCUAUUAUUAUGGUAGCAAUAGCAUGAAUCAACGCCCUGGGGCAGCAGCAGUAGCUGCUGCUGCUAUACAGAAACAGCAAUUCAUAAGAAAAUCACAGGAUAUGGUAAUGCAAGAAGUAAGUUUAACGAAUAUAACAAUUAUACGAAACAAACUUGAAUUAAUAUUAUAUUUGUAUGAAUAAAUAAUUUGGUUCUAACUAUUUAUAAUACUAUGUAUUUAAAAUUAUAAAAUGUCCAAUAAAAAUAGGAAAAAUAUUGAUCAUGAAAAUAUUAUUAUUACUUCAUCAUGUGUAAUCAGAGAAUUUUUUUCAUUUCAAAGUUCACCUUUUUUUAAAAAAAAAAUGUUCUUAUAUAUCAUUUAAUGUAGGUUUCAAAUUAAUUUUUUCUUUUCAAUUUGUUCAACCUUUUUCUUAGAAUGUCAAAAUUAGAAGAGAUUAAUAGUUAAUUUCAAAUAGUUUCUUUAUCCAAUUUUACUUUCUUAAUUUUAAAUCAUUAUGUGAGCAUGAUAAUUAAAAUUAAAAAAAUAUAUAUUGACAAAUUUAAGUCUAGAAACUAAAACAAAAAAAACCAAAUAUUACACACUAACAUUAUAAUUAGAAGAUAUCUAUCUUAGUUUUAAUGUAAUAUACAUAUCAAAUAUUGAUUUUCAUACUCAUGCAGUAUUAUGAAUUAUGAUUUUUAUUUUAAAAAUCUUCAUGUUGAAUUUUAUAAUUGUAUACUUUUCAAUUUUCUAGUUUCUUUUUGCCAAAAGAUUUCAGUAGAUAGUUUUCUUUGUUCCACAUGUGUUAUAUUUUUUUUUUUUUUUAAGAUUUUAUAUAAAUAAAAAAAAAAACUUUAAGGGUAAUUUCAGGUUUAUUAUUUAUCAACAUUUUGUACAUUUGUUUCAUGGCUAAUAACUUUACUAUUAUAAAAUAAAAUAAAAUGAGUACAAAUUGUGUUUUCGCCUAAAACUGGAAAUUUAUUCUAUUUCUGGAAGAUUCAAUAAUUUUGUUAUACCUGUAUAAAUGAAAUUUAAAGGUAUAAAAGAAAAGUUUUUUUGGUCCAUUCCAUUGUAUAUCAUAGAAGCACUAAUUUAUUCCGUCUAUAAUUUAAUAAUUCUUUAACUAAUUGCUUAGUGUUACCUUUUUGUCAUAGUAAUAUGGAGUAAUCUAUUAUUUUUUAUAUAAUAAUAAAUUUGUACAUACUUAUAGUUUGUUGAAUGGUGUAGUUUUCUUACUUUUAACUCAACUAGAGUAAAUUUCCUUCAUAAAUAUGCAUCUAUAAAUAUUAACAUAUUAAUUUUUAUCAACUAAAAACAAUUGGGUUUAAUCUUACUAAAAUUAAGAUAUUUUUUAAAUAAUUCUCAAAAAAAAAUUUGUUUAUAAUGUGAUUUACUGUGAUUUAUAAUUGUAUUAUUUUCUUAUUUAUACAAGUGAUUUAUUAAGCAUACUCACACCAUGUAGCAAUCAUUUGGUGAUACUAUCUUUGUUUUGUCAAAUAAGAACCAAUGUAAAAAUUCCAUAAAUAAAUGGAGGAAUAUUUAAAAUUAAUUUCAGCAUUGAAAUUUUUGAGUUUUGUUAACUAGUUUAAGAGAUAUUCCACUUUUAAGUUUAAUCAGGGGGGGGCCGAAGUGGAGCAUAAUUUGUGUAGCAGCAUAGCACCUGGUGUUUGAAUAGUGCUCCACUACUUUCCCACUUCUUAAACUUGAAAAAAAAAAAAUUCAAUACUAAAAUUUAUUUUAUAUAAUACUCUAUCUAUUUUUGUAAUUUUUAAUAUAAGUUCUCAUUUGAAAAACGAAAGUUGAUAUCAUCAACAGGAUACUCUUUAAUUGGGAUGAAAAAUCUAAGUAUAUGAAAAUAUCAUCUCUACACUUAAAAAUUCCUAAAAAAAAGAAUUUGCAUAUAUGUAUAAUUUACCCCUAAAUAUGGGUUAAGCAUGUUUAAUGAAUUACAUUGUAUAUAAUUAGGUUUAAAUUUUGUUUAUAAAUAUACUGAAUUAAAAUUUAAUAAAUUAAUUUUUUACACCCGAUCUUUAAUUAUUAUAAAAAUACUACUGUUAGAUAAACUAAAUCUAACCCAAUAUUGCUUUUCUAAUACCUACUCAAUCACGCAUCAAAAAAUUAUAGAGUAAUUCCAUUAUUAUUAAACCUAUAGGAACUUAGUAUUAUAUUAAAUUAAAUGUUGUUUAAACAGCUACUGAACGCAGGAGAAGAUGUGCUGGUGUUUUAUAAUGAUAAUAAGGCAUCAUUUCAACAAUUUGUGGAAAUGAUGCAAAAUGAGCGUGAUCGACAGUACCGAGAAGACAUGCAAAUAGCUGGUAGAUUAAAUGAAACCACUGCAGAAGAAACCUUAGUACAAGACAAACAACCACAAAUUUCCAGUGACAUUCUAGAGUCAGCAACUGUAGGUGCAGUAGAAACAAUGACAGGGGAAGAAUCUGCUCAACAAGAAACACCUCUGGCAACCACAGAAUCAGAAUAUGGAGACAAUAAUGGUCAUGGCGCUCUACUGUUCGUUUGUCUAUUUAUUUUUUGUUAUUUGUUUAUUACUAUGUAGGUGAUUCAUUUACAUAAAAUACUCAUUAUUUUGCAAAGUAAUGACUUUAAAAAGUUUUAAAAGUUUAAAAAAACAAGCAGCUCUAAAAUGUUACUUUACCAUUAUUUGUCGUCAUGCUUACUUUGAAGCGGGAGAUGAAAGGACUACAGAUUACCUACUUUUGAUUUUCAAAUGGUAACCUAUACUAAAACUUACACAAAUAAUUGAAGUAAUAGUUUAAAUAUUUAAACAAUACAUUUUGGUUCAGAAAUCGUUAAUUUCCAUCAAUCUAUUGAGAAGAUAUUCCACUAGGUUUAUGUUGAGAGGAUCAGUGGAGCACAGUAAUGCAAGAACUGUCCUUGCAAAUUUUUCUUCUUGGACUACUGCUUUAGAUUCAAUAACAAGGAAUGUAUGGUUUUACUAUUAUGUUUAUUAUUACUUUUUUUUUUUAUGUGUACAAAAAUUCUACCAUUUCUACCAGAAAUCUUUAUACAUGUGGCAACAUUUCUGAAAAGAAAUAUUAUCUAGAUUAGAUGGUAUUUUAGGAAAUUUGGUUUUUUGAUUUUUCAAUCAGUUUUCAUAAUAUCUGGGAAAAACCAGGAUAAAAUCAAGAAAACCAAGACAUUUAAAAAAAUAAUGCUUUUAUUUUUUUUUUGAUUUUGUUAUUUGUUGUAAUUUAGUUAAAAAAUGUUUGUAAAGACUUGUUAUUUUGACACAAGAUUCCUCAUUUUUGGCAUUUCUAGACGUGGUAAAAUAUUUUGAAAAUUUUAACCAUUUUUAAGUUAUAUAUGAAUAUUUUAAUUUUUCGAGGUUUUUACGUAAUUUUUAUUUGAUAGGUUCUUUUUUUUAAAAAUUGUUGGACUAAACUCAAAUGCUUAGAAACUUAACAGAAUUUUCAUUAAAAGUCUGUGAUUGAAAAAAUAAUUUAAGCUUAUUAUAGAAUUUUUUUUUUACAACGGAAUUUUAAUAUCAAAUUUUGAUGAAAACCUUUGUUUUGAACGAAAAGUUAAAAAUUAUGUUGAACAAAUUAAUUUUUCAAUUUUUUUGUUUUAGAUUCCAAGUGGAAGAAGCUUAUAGUUUUACAAAGAUGUUUUUUUUUUAUCUGUGCGCCACUUUUCUACCAACAAUUUGACUCCAACUUUUCAUAUUAGCAAUAUUCCUAAAAGGAAAUUUCUCUAGCAAGGUAUUUUAGAGGAGUCAUUUUUUUCGAUUUUCUUAUGAGUGUUUUCAUCACAUUUGAAAAACCAAGUUAAAACAUGGGAAAAUCAUAGGAAAACUGAGAAAAUUGGUACAACAUUAAACAAAUUUUAUUAAAGAAAAUAUAUGAAGCCUAUUUAAUUAUUUUACUACAAAUUGACAUAAAUAUUGUUGACAAAGCAUCACUAUCAAUUGAGUUCCACUCAAAAUCGUUUUUUCGUUAGCAAUGGUUUAUUGUUGCUCACAGAUAUACAUUAAAUUCCCGUCUGUAUCCUACCUUCCCAACUUCCCACCUACACCAAUGGCUGCACCCAUUCCCAUUAUUUUAACUUUUUUUUUUAUUUUGAACAUACAGAAAUUAUUAACUUUAUUUAGAAUUUGUUUUCUAGAAAAUUCAAGAAACAAGCAGCUCUGCAAUUUCAUAUUUAUGUUAUUUUUUGUCUCCCUUAUUUUUGAGGGUAAAACCACUACUUAUUUUUGAUUUUCAAAUGGCAAUAUAUAUUAAAAAUUCCAUAAAUAGAUAAAAUAUUAUUUAAAAUAAAUUUUUAUGUUGAAAUUUUUUAUUUUUGUCUAGCCAUUAGAGAGAUAUUCCACUUUUAAGUUUCGGUUGGGUGAGAGUAGUGGAGUAUCAUUUGUGUGGUGUUAAUAAUACACUACAACUCUCAUCUAACCCAAACUUAAAAGUUGAAUAUCUCGUCAAUGGCUAGACAGAAAUCAAAAAUGUCAACACUAAAAUUUAAUUUAACUAAUACUCCAUCCAUUUAAUACUGAUUAAUCUUUUUAAUAUAGGUUGCCAUUUUAAAAUCAUAUGGAAGUAGUUGUUUUACCCCCAAAACUAAGGGUGAUAAAAAAUAACAUAAAUAUAAAAUUCUAGAGCAGAUUGCCUCUUAAAUGUUCUUAAAUGAGAUAAUGAGUGUACCCACUUAAAUGAACCACCUGGUAUGUAUAUUGCUGAUUUAAUAAUGAUGGUGAAGUCAGAAUUGAGCAGACUGACUUAGUUUUGAGUUUUGAAAUUAUAGCUUUUUGAAGUUCUGAUAUUAUGUGGAUAUUAUAUGUCAUGUUAAAUAAUUCUGUAUCGUCAAUUUUAAUGUAUGUCUGUCGUAGUCUAAUUGUGGUCAUCCAGUUAUUGUCAUCCUAGAGAUUGCAAGUUCAAACCGUAUUCCAAAUUGUUUGGAUUAGUUUUUUCCCUUUUACCUAAAUAGGGAAAUAAAAAAUGCAUUUUGGGUGUACCUAAUGUAUCCAAGCUGUUGCUCCAGAAAUCUUGUUCCGUUGUAUCAAGUGUAGGACCUUUUUAGAAAAAAAAAUUUAUCAUUGUUUUUGGUUUUUUCAAGAGUUUUUGCAUUAAUUGGGAAAAACGGGAAAAUAAACACAACAUAACCAUUUUACCAUAAUGUAAUGUAAUAUAUAUUGUUGUCAAAGCAACACUAUUAUCUUAGAAUCGUAUUUCAUUAGCAAUGAUUAAUCUUUGUGUAGAAAUAUACAUUAAAUUUCCUCUUUACCUUCUCAACUUCUCACCUACAAUAGUGACCUACCACAUGCAAUAUGUCAGUCUUUUUUUUUAAAUGUGUUUUUAUGUAUAUAACUCAAUUUAAAGAUAUGGAGUUUCUAUUAGUUUGACAAUGACUAUAUUUUAUUAUCUAUAGGUUUAUUUUUGUCACAAACUAUCAAAAUUCAGUUGGUUAACCAACCUUUAGUGCUAAUGAGUUCAGUUAAUUAGUUAGUCAAUUGAUAUAAAUAUAUAAUCAAUAUUUUUGUGGUGUUAUUACUAUAAUAAUCUAAAAAUUCAUUAGUCCUAAGGGGUGUACCAAUACAUUUUGUAAUAGUUCACUGACAUUUGAUACCAAUUAUUUUAUACCAGUCUUAGGUUCAGUAAUGGAAAUCAAUGUAUUCCUACCAUUAUCCAAAAUUAUUAAUAAUAAUACUAUCAAUUGAAUAUUAAUCAAUUAUUUAAAUUCUAUCAUUUCUACUUCCAGCUUAAUAAUACAUUACAGUAUUUAAAAAAAAUUACUUCCUAAUCAUUUUUUUUUUAUUAGAAAACUAAUUAAUUUAAUUCAUUUUUUAAAAAGUUCAUUUUAAACAAAAUUGGAAGUAGUGUCAGUAGUAUUCAUAUUAUUUUAAUGAAUUGGCUUAGAUAUGUAUAAUGUAUAUAUUGCUUAUUAUUUUAAGGAGAAAAUGAGAGGAGAUAAAAACAAAUUUAUAUAUUUUGUGAUAGUGUGGUUAGUUCUAACACCUGUUACUCCAAAAAUUUCUGAAAUUUACACUGAUUUGUUUUUUCAAGGGGUAGUUUACACCAGUUUGUACUAAUACAUUUCUUGAAAACUACAACACUUAAAGCAUGCACAUUUUUUAUAUAUACUGUGAAUUUUAUUUAAUUGUAUUUUAUAGUAUUACAGUUUAAGGCACAUAUGUCUUCAAUUAAAUUCCUUGUGAGGGGGUGAAAUAAUAAAAUGUUUAAUAAGAACAUUAUUUUCUGAAGUUAUAACUAAUUAAUUAUAAACAAUAGAUAUUUAGUGAUAUAGGGGGAGGGAAUUCAAUCCCCUUAUGAAUAUAAAACUAUCCCUCUUAUAAUUUAGGUUAGUAUUCAUUUUAGGGCCCAUGAUUUAUCUUAUAAUUGUAGGAAGAGAAUAUCUAAUUCUAGUUAUGCUACUGGUGAAGCAUCAUUUGUGUUAUGGGACAGUGCAUGGCAUUUGAAUAGUGUUCUGUUACUCUCUUAAUAACUAAACUUAAAAGUGGAAUAUUUCGUCAAUGAACUGAUGGAAAUACAUAAUUUUAAUCAAAGUGUAUUUAAACUAAUACUUAAUCUACAUAAUUAAUUUUAAAUAUAGGUUUCCAUAUAAAAUCAAAAGUAGGUAGUCAUUUCACCUUCAAAAGUAAGAGUAACAAAAAAAUAAUGGUAAUGUAACAUUUUAGAGCUGCUUGUAUUUUAAAUUGUAAAAAAGAGUCUAUACCUUGUAAUACAAUAAGUGUUUUAUGUGUGUGAUUCAUUUACCCUCUAUUAUCAGAUUAAGAUAUCUAUACAAAUAAAAAAUGUUUCUUUAGUAGUUUACUAGUUCUGACUUUCUGAAUAUAUAAUGUAAAACAAGUACACUCCUCAACUAGAAUACAGAUGUUUUAGUACAGACCAUUGUUGUGGGAGAAAAGUUUUACAUAAAGAAAAUAUAGGUUUUACUUUAUUUAUGUAUGCCUCCUAGAUUAAUCUUGAUCAUUACUAGGGUCAUGAUUACUAGGGUCACACAUCUAUAAAAUUUACUAAAUAUUAAAAAUACAUUUUCUUAUUCUCAUUCAAAAAUACAGGAUUCAAAUUUUGAAUAAUAUGAACAUCACAUAGCAUGGAAACAUGCAAAGUGCUAUUGAAAUCCUAGCCCCAAUAAAACCUCAAUCUAUCGAGUAUAAUCAGAGCCAGUCGAAUAGUAUUAGAGUUUUUUUUCUUUUGUAUCAGCAGUUUAUCCUAGAAUUAUCAAAAUAAUUUUAAUUUUAAAAUAUUUAAAUGUAUGUUUUUAAGGAGGUACAUCUUGUAGAUUUUUUAAUUGUUUCCAUUUAAAAAUAAAAAGGAAUAAUCUCCUAUUGUUCUAUAUUUGCAAUAGAUAUCAUAUCGAAUUGGUGAAACUAUUGGCCUAUUGUACAAUGGGUAAGAACGUGUACACAGAAAUCAAGUGUCAUAGUCUAUUACCACUAGAUGACAUUGUAGCCAUGUUAACACAUCCACACUGCAUACCAGAGGUAAAUAAUGAUUUCACCAUGAUAACCAAAGUUAACAUUGAUUGAUUAUAUUAUUGUACAGGUGAAAGAGGCCUAUGUCAGCUUUUUGAAUCACUGUUACGUGGACACAGAAGUAGAGAUGAAAGAAAUUUAUGCUUCCAAUCAUAUGUGGACAGUCUUUGAGAAAAGCUUCCUACCGGACAUGUGCCGAGUGGCUGAUCAAGUGGCCGCUGCAGCUGCAAUUGGAAAUUCUACAACCACCAACUCAUCACCAACAACUAUUAACGUGACUCGCACGAAAACACAUAGGCAGCUGUCCAAAUACGUUUGUGAAGCUCUCAUAAUGGUGAUUGGUUCAUUUUUUGGCAGUCCGUUUUCAUCCACAGCCGCAGCUGCCGCUGCAGCAGCUGCCGCUUCCUCUGCAGAUCACAACCAUCCCCACAGACUGCAAACAGGCACAGACGAAAGUGUAGGUGGUUCAUCUUCUGCAACCAUAGCAGCUGCUGCUUCAGUCGCUAACACAGUCAAUACAGCAGUAGUACAGGUAUUGUUUUCAAAGAAAUGUGAAACUAAGUGCAUGUAAUAAUAGUGAUUUGAUGAAAAAUUAUGUUAACUUAUUGUUAACAACUUAUAUAAUACUUAUUUAAUACAUUUCAUAGUAAAAAUUUGUUAAAAUAAAAUAUAUAUAUAUAUAUAUAUAUAAAAUGAUGAUAUAAUAAUAUAAUUUUAUUAUAAAUAAUAACACUUAUUUGACCAUUAAAAUUCAGAGUUAAGUUGAGUUAUACAUGCUUUGUUGAAAGGCCAUGAUAUUUAUGAUUUUAGUCAAAAUUUGAUUUUAUAACUUUUAAAAAACGACUGACAUACUUGGCACAUGAGUGAGCCACUGUUGUAUGUGAGAAGUUGGGAAGGUAGAGGGGAAAUUUAAUAUAUAUCUUUAUGAUUAACUAUUGCUAACAAAAAACAAUCCUUAGCUAAGUUUAGUUUAAUUAUUAUUUACAUUAUGAUAAAAUAAUUAUGUAUGCAUUUUAUAUUUUCUUAAAUAAUAUUUAUUUAAUAUUGUAUCCGUUUCCCAGUUUUUACCAUUUAUUGGGAAAAUCAAAAUGUGACCUCCUUAAAUUACCUCUCCAUUCAGAUCAUCUUUCAGAAAAACUGCUAUAAUUGUAAAUCUGAGGAAAAUUGUUGAUAGAAAAGUUGUUUACAGAUGUUCAUAUUAUCCAAUGCAUUUCUCAAUCUGCUUUGAAUCUAAAAAUAUAACAUUAAACUAUAUUUUUAUUUUUUUGCCACUAAGAGUGUAACGAUCCUCCUAUCAAAUUUUGAAGUAUUUCUGUAGAUAAAUUGUUAGCAAUUUAUCUAGAUGUACCAAAAACAAAUUAUGUAAAAAGUUCUAAAAUUUAACAAUGUCUAUAAAUAGCUUAAAAAUCUCUCAAAUGUUCUAAAUAUUUAUUAUUAAAUUAAUUUUUUAAUUAAUCAUUAAUUAUUAUUAAAAGGAACAAAAUCGAUCUCUUGCCAAUUUUGGAUUCGAGGAAUAUUUCUGGUAGAAAACACUUAUAAAUUUGUUAAUAUUUCAUAUUGGUGAUAUUAUAUUAUAAUAUUUAUCUAUAAUUUUCUUUCUGGUUUUUCACAAUUAUUUUGAAAACCACUAGUAAAAUCUAAAAACGACCUCUCCAAUAAAGGUAAAACUUUCAGAACUUUUAAGCAAUUUUUGAUCUAUUUAUACGCAUUUUCAUUUUUCGAGUUUUUACGUACAUUUUUAUUUGGGGUUUACUCUAUAGAUAAAUUAUUAGACUUAACUGAAAUACUUGAACAUUUGAUAGGAAGUUUAUUAUAGGUCGUACUUAAUGACAAAAUAUAAAAAUUUAGUUUAAUGUGCUUAGAAUUUUUUUUUAUUUAUAAAAAAAGUUAGAAUCUAAUUUUGAUGAAAUCAUAAAUAUCCUGUUUUUAAAACAUGUAUAUCCGAAUUUCUUUCCUUAUCAAUGUUUUUCAUUAUCAAUGGUCAUUUUCCUUGGUCACAGAUAUAAAUUAAAUGACUAUGUAUCCUAUCUUCCCCAUUACCCACCUAUAACAGUAGUCAUACUCGUCUUCAGUAUCAGCAAUUUUUUUUAAAUAUUUUUUUUCCCCUUUUUUUUCUAAUUAUUAUGAAAACCCCUUGGAAAAUCAAAAACCAACCUUUCCAUUGUACCAACUAAAUAUUAUAUAUAUAUAUAUAUAUUACUGAUAUAUUGAAGUAAGAUUUCUUAUUGAAGUUUAGGUUAGGUUAGAUUAAGUUACUCACAGAUACAAUAAAUACAAAAAAAAAAAAAAUACUAAAACAAACAUAGCUAAACCAAUUGAUCCAUCCCCAUACUCUGAAUGUAAAAAAAUGAGACUACAAUUUAGGUGUCAGUUUUGAACCAAUUCCCUUCCCUAUUCAUAAAUCAUAUGAUUAGCAGAGACAUAAAGUGAUCCUACUAUCUUUGUUACUUUAAUUUUGUUAUGUUAUAAAACAUUACACAACAUAUAUAAAUAUUUUAGACACAAAUUAGACACAGAUCACAGAUCAUUGUAAAUCAAUGUGUGUGUGUAUGUGUAAACAGUUAUUCAAUUUAAUUAAUUAUUCUGCAGUAAUACUGGUGAUGUGCACAUUUAAACAUUUAGUAUAAAUGAAAAUAUAUGGUUUAUUACAGGCACGGCAGCCAAUUUUCGUACAACUCUUGCAGGCUGCGGUUCGGUUACAUCAGCAAUUAACAGCCACUGGUCAUUUGAAUGUCCAACAGAGGUUCAAUGUCGAAAAUACUAUACGUAUACUAUCCGAUUAUGGUUAGUGGCUACAUAUUAAUAUUCAAUUUGUUAUAUAAUAUAUAAUAUUUAUUACAUGUCAAGAGACUUAUCUAAUUUACUGAUCUAAUAAUGGUUUCAGUUAAAUAUUACAUUUUAUAUCAAUUGAUUUGAACUUAGUUUCAAGCAGACAUUUUUAUUUUUAAUAGCUAAGAAUAUGUCAAUAGACGUGCCUUUACAUCUGCUAAGUCAGGUCAACAAUAUAUUUAACAAACAAUCACAAACCUCUGGCGGUGGGGGCUCACCAUGUGGUGGUUCGUCACCAUCAGCGUUGUUAUUAAGAAGACAGACUACCAAAUGGUUGCAAGCCGCUAAGUCUACACCAAAAAAAAUGAUCGAAAGGUCACAAUCACAGGUAUUAUUUUUAUAAUCACUUAUUACACUUUCUUAUAACAGUGGUUUUAUGUUAGUUAUUAUCCAUCACUGGUUAAAGAAAAUAUGUAAUACAAAUUUAGUUUUAUUAUUCUAUUUUAGUUGAUUCGACUAGACAAGAGUAUUGUAGAAGGCUUGCAAGAUAUUGUGCUAGUUUUGGAAGACCAACUUAGACCAUUGGUGCAAGCUGAACUAUCAUUACUCGUAGAUAUAUUGUACCGACCAGAAUUGUUAUUUCCAGCUGUAGCAGCAGCUGCAGCCAUAGGGGACACAGCAUCAGUUGCAGUGGCUGCUUCAACAUGUGGAGUUACUGGUUUCAUCAACAGGUAUUAAAGAUACCGCAUCAGGUUUAUUUUAUUUUUGUAUCCUCCUUUCCGUGUAUUUUUUGAAUUUUUAAAUCUCUUUUAUGCUUCUCAUUAAACCUUGAGGAUUAAUUCAAACUAUUAAAGUAUAAAAUCUAACUUAACAUGAAGUUAAAUUUUUUAAUGUAGACUUAUUAAACAUACGGAACAGCUAUUAGAAGAAAAAGAAGACAAAUUAUGUGUCAAAGUUUUGAAAACUCUUCAAGAAAUGAUGGCGAUAGACCUGGAUUAUGGCGAGAAGGUAUUUUCAUAUUAUAAUAAUAUUUCCAUUGUAUUCAUUACUUAACACAUGAAUAUUACAGGGAGAUGUGCUUAGACAAAGUCUACUAGUAAGAUAUUUCAAUGGUGGCGCUGUUGGCAUUGGAAUAAAUACAGAUAGCUCAAGUGAUAGUGGAAUAGAACCUUCUGAUCGAGAUGAUAAUGGCAGCAGCAAUGGAACUGAUGAAGAAGAAGACAAAAGUAAUAUCAAUAUCUCCACAAAGACUGUUGGACGUCUUAAAGGCAUUAGCGGUACAGCAGAUCCAUCAAUAAAAACAGCAACUACCAAUCAACAACAACAACCACAACAUUUGCCUCCAUCACAAUCAACAACUCCAUGGUCUCCUCCGCCACCUAUAUCCUUUAGAACUGAACAACUUCAACAGCAACACAGAGUCACACAUGGACCUGGUGGUGAGUGUUAAUUGAUUUGCCUAAUCAAUAAUAUAAGAUCAUAAUAGUAUCCGGUUUUAUAUGGUUUUAGCUAAGUUCUUGCAACGAGCCGGGUUAACUUUACAUGAAGUACAAACCCACCUAGACCGAGAAGGUGCAUCAGACUUAGUAGUUGAACUAAUCAUAAAAUCAGCCGCUGCUUCAGCAGCCGCAGCUUCCGUGUCCAGUAGUGGCGGUGGUGGUGGUGGAGCCGUUGGUGGCUUUUUUGGUUCUAAUGGCGUUGGCAGUGUUAGUGGUAAUUUUUUUGGUAGUAAUUACUACUUUGGUAAUAGUUUAGGAGGGGUAGGUAGUUUUGGACCAUCCACUUCUGCUGCCGCUGCUGCACUCUCUGCAUCUCCAUCUUACUCUAUAUUCGUCGAGGCCGUGCAACUGGGUGUCGCCCUCUUAGAAGGUGGAAAUCCAAUAGUCCAGCGUAGCGUUUACAAUAAACUACUGUCACCCUUGGCCCCGGGUACGGCUGCUGCUGCAGCAGCUGCAGCUUCGGCGGGCGGUGCGGCUGGCAGUGGUCGUGGUAGUGGAGCUAGUCCUACCGAUCCAUCAGUAAACUGCUGCCAACUAUUUUUCCGAGUGUUUUAUGAUAAAAUGCGCGAUGCUCAGAACGAAAUCAAGUCGACAGUUAUCGUAUCGGUGAAUACAGCUGCCACGACAGCCGCGGCUCAGGCGGCCCAACAACAGCAACAAGAGGCCGAAAUGGCGGCCAGUGGACGACGGAUGCCGGCUGUUGGUGGACAACAGCAUCGCGGUAAUCAGCGGCGACAAAACAACCGUUUUGUCCGGAACUCUGGAAAAAAGGGUAUUUUCGCACUGUAUCUAAUAAUUAUUUUGUUAUAUACGUUUUGUAAAUUUCUUAUUUGUGUAUAGGUGGUAAAUCAACAAGAUCUAGAGAUAGUGGUGGGAAACGACAGAUAUUGAUGACAGAUGAGUUACGUGAAGAGUUGGCUCAAGCAGCAGCAGCUACCAGCCAAGCUUAUGUGGCUGGUGCUCGGAAUUUGUCAGCCGCUUCCUCUACAACUUCUGGUACAGAUACAUGUAUGCACUAAUAAACUAAAUAAAAAUAAAUAAUCAAGUUAAUACUGUGAUUGAGUAAUAACAUUACAAUGUUCUAAUAUAUUUGUAUUUAUUUAGAAUUUGAUUUAUACAAUUUAGAGAUUUAAAAAUUUCUCUUUAUAGCUUAAUUAGUUAUUGUUUACACAACAGGUGAACGAGAUGAUGACUGUGAUGGAAAUUCAUCUUUGUCCAUGGUGACAGCUGAAGGUGACAUUGGCACUGCAUCUGACAGACUUCAACGAGCUGAUGACUCAUACUAUUACUACUACCACAGACAGCAACAGCAACAGCAGCAGUACUUGCAACAACAACAACAGCAGCAACAACAAUUAUUAUCCCCCAAAAUUCUGAUAAUGCAACCAAUCCUUCGAUUCCUACAAUUACUGUGUGAGAAUCAUAACCGUGAUCUUCAGGUAAAUAUAUUUGAUUUUUAGAUUUUUCUCUAUGUUUUUUCAAUAUUUUGAAGUACAUAUUAUUAAUUAUACUAGUUAAAAGCCAAAUACAAAUUAUUGAAGUAUAUUUAUAGAAUUAUUCUGCUAUACUGGCACAUUAUAGAAUGUCUCAUCUUAUAUUUGGUUAUUAUCGUAAUAAAUGAACUCUUAGUUUUUAUAUUACUAACCAAUUGAAAGCUUUUUCUAUAUUUCCAAAAUAAUAAUGUAUGCAGUAGACUAUUCUUCCUAAUUUUUAAUGGUUUUAAAAGUAGUGUUGCCUUUAUUAGUGUUCUUCCAAUCCACACAGUAUUCAGUAAUGGAACAUGUUUUUAGAUUUAUUAGCUCAAUGCAUAGUUAGAAUAAUUUUAUUUUAUUUGUUAGAACCUGUUACGCAACCAAAACAAUAAGGUCAAUUAUAACCUGGUGUCUGAGACUCUCAUGUUCUUAGAUUGCAUUUGUGGUUCUACCACCGGUGGUCUAGGACUUCUGGGCCUAUACAUAAAUGAAAACAAUGUAUCGCUCAUCAAUCAAACUUUAGAAACAUUAACAGAAUACUGCCAGGUCAGUAUUACUAUAUUAUAAUACAUAUUAUUGAAUCUGAGGGUUAUUAUAGCAAAUGCUAUCAUAUAGGGGCCCUGUCAUGACAAUCAAAACUGUAUUGCCACUCAUGAAUCCAAUGGGCUGGACAUUAUCACAGCUCUCAUAUUAAAUGACAUUAACCCUUUGGGAAAAACACGUAUGGAUCUAGUGCUUGAGCUGAAAAAUAAUGCGUCAAAAUUGCUGUUGGCCAUUAUGGAGAGUCGUGGCGAUGGGGAAAAUGCUGAGCGCAUCCUGUACAACAUGAAUCCAAAGCAGUUGGUAAUUAUUAAAAGUUUUGGGCAUGACCAUGAUCCCUUUGCCAUUAUUGUAUCAUUCAAUUUGUGAAAUCAGUGUAACUUUGAAUAAUUAUCAUCAAUUUAUAGGUGGAUGUGGCUUGUCGUGCCUACUAUCAGCAGCAAUACGAUUCAGCAUCAUUGUUAGCACGUCGUCGCCGCGGCAUUCUGUACUGUGUUAAUGAUGAUGACGAAUAUUGUGAUGAAGAUGACGAAGAAGAUGAUGAUCAAGAUGAUUGUGACGAGGAAUGUGAUGAAGAAGACAUUCUACUUAGAGAAGGCGCAUCAAUUAAUGGUAGUCGCGGUCGAGGUACCAGUGGUGUUGAUGGCGAUGUUGAAGAUGAUGAUGAUGAUGAAAGUGGUGUGUCUCCAAAAGAGGUAUUAGAGCAGUAGCAGUUUUGGUCCUGAUAAAGAACAAUUCUAUGUAUAUUUAAUAUAAUAUAUUGUGUAGUAUAUUAUUUUAUACAAUGGCCCAACCAGAGGGGUUUGGAAGUUAUACCUCCUCGCCUCUCCAAAAUUUGAGUGUUUUUAUGAAUCCUACAUAAUAAUUUGUUUUGUUUAGAAAACUAAAAAUAGGUACUAAAUUUGUAUUGCAUGUUUUAGACUUAAGUCUAGUCUCUAAAAUGUUCACACAGUACAUUCAAAUAGUGAUUAUUUUGCAAUUCCCUUGAAACCUAACUGAUUAAUUGGUUUUGUUUUGUUAAUUUUGGAGUUAUCUUAACUACAGUACAUUUCAUGAAACUAGCGACUCUGGAGUGAUGCUUCCGGUAACAAAAUUUUCGGUGUUUCUCAAACUUGCACAUAAUACGCGGCAAUUUAGAAUACUGCAUUGUUUUUAAAAAAUAUACAUUUUCUUUUAAUAUUCUAACAUUUAUAUUUACAAUUAAAGUGAUUCAUGGUCAUUAUCCUCGCUUUCACUGCUUUCUUCCUGGAUAAUUGUCAAAACUAUUGGCUCCAAAAUCUGGUCCCUGAAUCCUUCUAUAAUAAAGUUUUCAUCUUCGCUAUGAUCAACACAACAUUUCCAAUUGUCUAGAAUAACGGAUUCUAUUCUAUUUGAUGGUUGAUUGUCGCGUAAUUUUUAAAUUACCUCGCCUUUUUAGUUACACGUUUAGGAAACCCUCACGAGAAUCUGCCAUCGGAAGCGCCACGCGGAGUCGCUAGUUUCAUGAAACGUACUGUAUAUGGAAAAACAAUAUAACUAACAUUUUACCAAAUUACAGAGCUCGACUCAAAAUCAUUUUUUGAUUUAUUUUUUUGUUCUCAGUAUAUUAUAAACUAUAUUACUUUAUUCCCUAUACAUUUGAAUCUUUCUACCACAACAAUGGCUUACCAUUGAUGCAAAGUAUAUGUAUGUUUUAGAUUCUGAGUGGAGUGAAAAAACUUUUGGUUUUACAGAUAUUUAUUUAUUUUUUUAUCUGCACAACUUUUCUACAAGAAAUCUUACUCAAAUUUUUAAAUGUAGCACCAAUUCUGAAAGAAAAUCUGACUGGGGGAGGGUACUUCAAGGAGAAAGAACAUAGGAAAACCUAAACAAUUAGUACAAUAUUAAACAAAUAUUAUUAAAGAAAAUAUAUAAUGGAUAUUUAAUUAUUUUACCAUAAUAUGAUGUAUAUAUUGUUGAAAAAACACCAUUGUUAGCAAUGGUUUAUUAUUAAAUUUUGAUUCUGUUUUUUUCUUCGGAAAACUCAUUAAGCCUGUUCUUAAAAUGUCAGGGUUAAGUGUACUGAUUACAGUAAUCCAUUCUUACAACCAUUAACUACAACUAACUGGCAGUUUUAAUACAAAUGAUUUCCAAAACAGCCACCCAUGACCAAAUUGUAUUGUUUUAUUUGUGCAUAGAAACAUUGAAUUUUUGAGUUAUCAUUUUUUAUUGUUAUUAUCAUUUAUACAAUCUGAUAAUUCAUUGUGUUACGUAAUAUUAUAUUUACUUGACUGUUUAAUUUUACAAAACUAAAAAUUGAUAAUACAAUCCGAAAGAUUUCAGUUUAAAACUUAAUGAUUAACACAGUGUACACACAGUAUUUAAACUAAAUUACUAUGUAUAUCCUAUAUCUUUUCAAUUACCCAUCUACAACAAUCUACCAUGAUCAGUUAAAACUUUGAAAUUAAAAAAUUUCAACUUAUGACAUCAACCCUACCCUCAAAAAAUAAAUUCUGGUUGUACCACUGAUAUUAAAUAAUUUUUUUUUCUCUCUAAAUCAAAAAGGUGUAUUUUUUUGCAUGUAUAGGUAGGCCACAAUAUUUACAUAUUAUGCCACCAACUGGCACAGCACAACAAGGAAUUAGCUGGUUUACUAAAACCGAACAGUCUGUAUUGUGGUGAAGUUGAAGGUGGACAAACUGCAGGUGGUCAAAAUCAACAACAGCUUCAACAACAACAACAGCUAUUGCAACAACAAAACCAAGUUGAUCCUCGGGUGAAUCGUGCUCUUGUCUAUUACGCAUCUCACACAGCCCAAAUUGAGGUAUUUGGUAAUUUGAUAUAUUUAUUUAUUUACACAGACAAUAAUUGUUGUGACAUUGUUACAUAAAUUGUUGUAAAUAUUUAUUUUUUCUAGAUUGUUAGACAUGACAGGACUUUGGAACAAAUUGUAUUUCCCAUACCUGAAAUCUGUGAAUACCUGACUAGGGACACAAAAAUAAAAAUUUAUAAUACCGCUGAGCUUGAUGACCAAGGAUCCAAAGUAUCAGAUUUUUUUGAAAAAACUGAUGAUAUGUUCAAUGAAAUGAUGUGGCAAAAAAAGCUAAGGGGUAAUUAAUUUAAAUCGUACAAUAAUAAAAAUAAUAACUGUAAUUAAAGGAUAGGGUACAAUAACCAGGUAUCUCCGUUUUUUUUUCAAAAUUCAUGUUUUAACAUAUUAUAGUGAACAAUUUUGUAUACAAGAUGGUCCAACAACAAUACAUCUCUAAAAGACAGAUAAGCUAAUAUCACACAAAAGAAAAUAUCUGGUUUAAAAUGUUUAGUGCAAUAACUGGAUAUCUCAGGAAACUGUACAUUACAAAUUUGUUAACUAGUAUAAAUAUAUGUAUUAAAUACCUAACAUUUUGUUAACACAGCAACCUCCAUAUUAUUUUGUAGCAUAAACUCAAGUAUUUACUAAUUUUGAUAUACCUGGUUUUUUAUGAUAAAACAUACAAUUAGCUCAAAUUUAUCAUCAUAAAAAGUUGUGAUUGGUUGGAUGGUUAUAAUAAUAAAUAUGAUAAUAUUUUUUUAAUGUUUGUUUACAUUAUUUUAUUUAAUGUUGCAAACAAUUUUGAGAUAUUAAAAAAAAAAAAAAUUAAUCAUGGAUUUAAAUUGGAAGGGAAGUCACUAAAUUUUGUUUCGACAUAUUCAAAAGUAUUUAGAUUUUAUUUACUGUUAUAUAUAUAUAUAUAUGUACACCUAAAGCAUAAACCUAAUGCAAUAAAAACAGUAAUUUGAUCAAAGGGGUUAAUAAAACUGUUUUUUAUGUCUUCUAAAAUAUUACAUAAAGUGGAGAUACCUGAUUUGUUAUUGCACCCAACCCUUCAAUUAUAAAAAUAAAAACUAUCCUAUAUUUUUAUAGCACGGCCAUCACUUUUCUGGGUCAGCAGUUUCAUGUCUCUGUGGAGCAAUAUUCUGUUCAAUUGCGCUGUCAUUAUCAAUUUAAUUGUGGCAUUUUUCUAUCCUUUUGACCAUGGUGGUAGCAGUGGUGGCAACAGCAAUGAUGGUCAACGCCGUCGAAUGAUAUCAGGUGAGUGUUCCCUCUUUUUUUACUGUACUGUAUUAUUAAUUUACUUGUAAAAAUGGUCCAAUAAACUUGAAAUUUUAAAUACGCAAUACUAUUUUAAUUAUAUUAUGGUAAUCAAUAAUCAGAUUUUUUUUUUUUUUUCAAUAUUCAUCGCAGGAUGGUUGGGACACUGUUGUAAGUGAGAAGUUGGGAAGGUAGGAUAUAGAAAGGAAUUUAGAGUGUAUCUGUAGGCAAUAAUUGAACUUUGAUAAUGAAUUGUGAACUAAGGUGGGUUAUACAUAUUUUAAAAGACCGUAAUUUGAAAAUAUUACAUUUACUAUAUUUUCCCAUUUUUUCUACAGUCUCUCCCCUUCACAGUUUUUCAUAUUAAUUAAUAAUAAUUGGGAUAACCAAAAAAUGACCUGUUUAAACUACCACCUCAAUCAGAUUCCUUUCAAUAGAAUUACUAUAAUUGAAAAUCGGAACAAAAUUUCUGGUAUAAAAGUUGUUCACAGAAAAAAAAAAAAGAUUCCUAACAUUUUAUUAUGUUUAGAAAAAGCUAUAAGUAUUCUGUGAAAAUGUCCGACCUUUACCAUUAUUUUUUUGAAUUUUUACCAAAAAAAAAAUCGAAAAUAAUGAAACAACUAAUACACUGAAAUUGUCAUUUUUCUCAAUUUUUAAGAAAACUACAGAAAAACUUUCAUACACACAGACUAGAAAACAUUUUCUUUUAAAAAAGAUGCUACUCUUGAAAUUUGUACUCAGUGUUCUAGUAGAAAAUCUAAAAGUUUAAAAAAUAAAAAGAAUUAUUGUUAACUUCCGAAAAUAAUUAGUUAUAAAUUAUGUUGAUCACCCGUUUAUAUAUGAGAAAAUUCUUACCUAACCUAACCUCUUGAAUGAGGUUGAUGUAUAUGUAACCCAUUUAUGAAUUUUUCUGAAAACUGCUCACAGCUCUAGGUGGCCAUGUUUCGGCAGCCGUGUGGCUCGGGUUGUUGGCUUCUGUUAGUGCAGCUGCGUUUCUAGUGUGGGCCCGAGAUGAUGAGAACGCUGAUGAUGUGGACGAUGAUGAAGAGGAUGACGAUGAAGAUGAAGAUGACGCUGGUGGAGGGUCUGGUGGUGGUGGUAGUGGUGGUGACAGAGACCAACAGCAGCAGCAACGUAAGUCGACUAUCCGUCGCCGUAUCCAGCAACAACGGCGCAGACGUAGGCGUACAUUGCUUUCAACCAGGACCAGCCGCCGGAGGUGGACAACUGCUGUCCGUACCACUCUUGUGGUUACCGCCAUCUUCCGGUUAAUAUUGUCUGUUGGGCCGGAACCUACACUCUGGCUUUUGGGUGCUAUCACAGUAUGUGAAAAGAAACCUCUUCCAACUUUAUAGUGAACCAUUUUAGUAAUAAUAGGGCCUUAUAUAAUAUUUGUGCACAAUAUUCCAAAAAUACUUAGAAGUAUGCAUAUUGAAUUUGUUUUACCUAAUUCAAAAAAUUAAAUUAUAUCUUUAAAACAAUUAAAUAUAGUAAAAUAUAUAUAUAUAUAUAUAUAUAAAUAAAAAACAAAUAAAUGAAUAAAUACACCUGAGUAGUAUGAUAAUAUGUGUACAAUGUACUUACAUUUUUCUUUUUUCCUAUUAUGAAAACUACAAUUUUGAUAACACUAAUUUUUUUAUUUAUUAUAUUUCAAAUAUUAAUAUUCAUAUGUUUAAUGUUGAAUGUAUGAAAAUAAAUAAUUAGACCUUAACAUUAGAAGAGUUUUAAUAUGAAAACAUAGACAUUUUUGCUAAAAUUAAAUAAUAUAAUCUUGAUCACCAUUAAAUUGUACUGUUUAAUGGAACAAAAUUAAUAAAUAUUGUCAUAUUUUUAUUAUAAUUUUUUUUUUUUUUUCAUUACCACAGGUAGUAAUGAAAAGUGUACACAUUAUUAGCAUUAUGGGCAAUCAGGGUACAUUCACCAAACGCCUGGGUCAGAUAUUGGCAUCAGCUGAGAUCCUCUAUCACCUGAUGUAUAUAAUGUUCUGCGUACUCGGUUUAUGCAUGCAUCCAUUUUUCUACAGUGUUCUGGUAAGUUGUGAAUAUAAUGUUAUAUUACUGUUUGUAUAAUAUUUUAAUAUUUUGCAUUAUCAUUAAAUAUUAUUAUUAAAUUAUAUUAAGUAUAAUAUUCAUAAUUUUUGAAUAUUUUUGGGUACUAAGUGUAGGUGUUACACCUAUUGUUUAUAUUUUUAUUAUAGCUAUUGGAUGUAGUAUACAGGGAAGAAACGUUGUUAAAUGUCAUACGGUCAGUCACACGAAAUGGCCGAUCGAUAAUAUUAACUGCAGUCCUAGCCCUCAUUUUAGUCUACUUGUUUUCCAUAAUUGGCUACAUGUUUUUCAAAGAUGAUUUUCUCGUCCAAGUAGAUGAGGAUGUUGUUUUCGGUGAGUAUUCCUGCACCGGUUAUUACUAUUGGUUUUAUUUAAUUUAUGAAUAUCAUCGCAUAGAUAUAAAUACAUACAUAAUGUGAAUACAUAUUUUUUUUUAGAAACCCCUGGUACUGAUGAUCAGCAGACUUGCUCAACGAUAGGUGAUAGUGAUUUUAACUGUAACAAUGAUGAUAACAGCCUGACAAAAUCUUCAAUUUUGGUGGAUGCAGGUGGUGGUGACCGGAAAGAAAGAGCUUGUGACUCAUUGAUUAUGUGCAUAGUGACCACAUUAAACCAAGGUCUGAGGAAUGGUGGUGGCAUUGGUGACAUUCUUAGAGCGCCCAGCAGUCAAGUACUAUUCAUGAUUUUUUAAUUAUUAUUAAUGGUUGAAUACUGUAGAUUAUAGAUUACUAUUUAUUAAAGGGUUCUUAUAUGUAUUAAUAUUUUACUUUUUUACAAUUUACAUUAUAAAUUGCUAUUUUGAAAUUAAUGAAUCCAAUUAAAGCUACAUAUUAAUGUUGUUCUAUGGGACCUCAUAUUAUGGACAAAAUUGUGGUAUUUUUGAUUUGAGAAAAAUAUUUUAUCAUUAAGGUGCUCAAAAACCAAAGUGACAAUGACACUGAAAACUUGUUUUCCUACAUUUAAAUGAAAGACUUCAUACCAAAGCAAAAUUAUUAUUAUUCUCCUUCACAUUUUGUCAUAAUUGAAAUUAAUUUUUUUUCAAUUGUUUUUUCCACAGGAACCGCUUUUUGUGGCCCGUGUUGUUUAUGAUCUCCUAUUCUUCUUUAUUGUAAUCAUUAUUGUCUUAAACCUGAUUUUUGGUGUCAUAAUUGACACAUUUGCUGACCUCCGUAGUGAAAAACAACAAAAGGAGCUUAUAUUGAAAAAUACAUGUUUUGUUUGUGGUAAGUAUAAAAAUUUAAAAAAAAUUAAUAUUCACAGCGCUAGAAAAAGACACUGGACACACUAUAAUUUGAUAAAACUUCAAAAAUCUCAUAAAUAACUAGAAUUGGUUUUCAGAUAUACUUUUCUAUGCAAUUAUAUAUAAAAAUGUUGUUUGCAGGCCUAAACAGAUCUGCGUUUGAUAACAAAACUGUGAGCUUCGAGGAGCAUAUCAAGUGUGAACACAAUAUGUGGCACUAUUUGUACUUUAUUGUUUUAGUAAAAGUCAAAGAUCCCACAGAGUUCACUGGACCAGAGAGUUACGUUUACGCUAUGGUCAAGGUACAUAAAAAUUGAUUAUUCUUGAUAAAAAAAAUUUCCCCUUUCCUUAUCUAAAACACCAAUAAAAUAUGAAAAAUAGGACCGAAAUCUGGAUUGGUUUCCACGUUUGAGAGCAAUGUCGCUGCUAAUGGCUGCUCAAGUAGAUAGUGAGGGUGAACAAGUGGAGUUACGAGGUUUGCAGACCCAAUUGGAGACAACACAAACUCUGGUAGCUUUACUAUCACAACAACUAUCUGAGCUCAAAGAACAGGUAUGUUAUUAUGCAAACCAAUAUUUAAAAAAUUAUAGAGUACCAACUAUAUAACAUUAUAUUGAGUAAAUAUGCUAGAUUUUGAAUCUAUCAAAACCACUGUAUAUUUUCAUGUAAAAUUAUUCAUGUAUUUUUUUUAGAUGACAGAACAAAGAAAACAACGUCAACGAAUUGGAUUGUUAAAUUCAACCAGCGCUUAUUAUGGCAUUGGUGGAGGUGGUGGAGUCAAUGUUUCACGUCAGCAACAACAAAUGGGCAUAAUAUAAUACAUAGCAAGAAAUAAUAAUAAAUUUAAUAAUAAAAAUAAUUUAACACAAUUUGCACUCAAAUCAAUUUUAUUAGAAAUCUAACACUAGUAUUGGUGUAGUAAUACUUAAACCAGAGAGGUAAUUUAUAUUUACAGUUAUUUAUAUUAUCAUUAUAAUUGUAGAUAAUUUUUAUUAUAAAAAAAUUCAGAAAUAUUAAAGUCUGAUAUUUUUUUAGGUAGUACAGGGUAGUUAAAUAUGUUUAAAAAAUUAUGAUUCAUUAUUAAGUCAAAUAUUGUUGAAAUUUUUGUUUUAGACCAAUUUAUUAAUAUUAUAUAAUAUAGUUUAGUACUUUGUUAACAAUUACCAUGUUAUUUAUAUUUGUAUACUUUAUAUGAGGUGGAGUUAUGUGAAUUAUAUACCUAUGUUAUUCGUUAUUUAUGAAUUAUACUUUAAUUAAAAUACAUUAGUUUGUUAAACAAUAUAAAUGAUUCUAUAUCCCAUA